AUGACGAUGACACAACCGCUCCAGAUGUGUCUGUGGCUUUUAGGUGUGGGAGCGAGGCCAAGGGAAGUACCACUUUGGAUUUCUUUCAGCAGCAAAUCUUUUAAGAAAUCCCCAGACCUCUGGUAAGUGGUAUUUCUUUUCUAGUGUUUGGCAGAAUCACAUGACACAGAACUUUCCCCAGGCUGUACGACCUCAGGCUUCCAGCAGGAGAGCACACUUUAGGAUACUUCCCACAUAGCAAUCUCUGGGCACAUCCACACUAUAUAUUGAAAGCACUAUGAUACCAUUUUAAGAGACAUAGUUCCCCCGCCAAAGUAUCCUGGGAACUGUACUUUGUUAAGGGUGCUAAGAGUUCUUAGGAGACUCCCUGUUUCCUUCACAGACCCACAGUUCCCAGAGCAGUUUAACAGCCAACCCCUCUUCCCAGGGAACUCUGGGAAUUGUAGCUCUACAGCAGUAAUUAGGGGGACUUAACGUUGGGAUAAAUUAUUCCAGUUUAAGUUAUAUCAGCUGAGCUGGGAAAGCCCAAGAUCUUCUGAAUCCAAGCUCUCUCAUCUCUGUGGAUCUUGGGUAUAAGGCUGCAAUCCUAACUCCUUCUACUCAGAAGUAAGUCCUAGUGAAUUCGAUUGAGCUUACUCCCUGGUAAGUGGGGUCAGGAUUCCAGGCUAACUUGAUUCAGGUUGGCAGCCCUGAUAAAAAUAAAAUAAUUUUGGACAUUUAUGCUACAUGAAUGACUUUAUAUCAGGUCAACUUCAAUGCCAGGGAAACAAUUAUUUGGUAUCUUUUUAAUCUAUUCAUUUCCUCUACCUGGCAUCUCGGUGCCUUUUAGAUUAGUUCUCUGUAGAUCGUCCCCUUUGUUUCUGUGCAGGCAUUCAGUGUUUCCAAUUUCAUGUUACUGUACUGAAUUCUCUUUUCACAGCAAAGCGUCUUUCAAUAUGCUUGUAUUUGGGAUAAUGAAGUUCGUCGCCUCCGUGUGUUAAAUAAUUCACUUCCUUUUUCCGCCUCUGUGAAGUUCUCUUAUUGUGGCGUGGCUUCCAAAACAUUUUCACACACACACGCACAAAAAGCGUAAUCCAUAAAAUAUGAAGAACUAACAAUGAACACUGACAUUUUAAUUCUUCACUUACGAGCACAAAAGGGAUGACAAUUGGAAAUUGCUGUUGUUGCCAUAAUAAAGAGAGAUUUGCAUUCCUCUGAAAUUGAUAGUUUAGUAUUUGAGCAUAAUGUCAGUAACGGCAAAUAACAAUGCCUAGGUUCUGCGGAUUAUAAGUAAUAGCUGUUUUCCGUUGCACCCUGUUGAAUAGCGCCAUUUCCCCCACCCCUUGCUGUAAACAAAUGAGAGGUUGCUGGCAGUAAUAAUGCAGGUUUGCACAGAAUCAGAAUUAUUUCUGAAUAAGCAGAUAACAGCUUUGAGAUGUAAUGACUAUGUGGGGUGGGGAACCUUUCGCAGCCAGAGAGCAUAAGGCAACUGCCAUCAUUUAUGUUAAGCUCAAUGCACAGUCCUGUAUGUGAACAAACAUGGCCUGGAUUAUCUUUCCCUUCUCCUUUGAGGCAGAAGCUCCUGUAUCUGGCAAGUCAGGUGUAUGCUCAUAUGAGAACUAGAGGAACAUAGGAAGAUGCCUUAUAACACGUCAGGUCAUUGGUCCAUUUAGCUCAAUAGUGUCCACAGUGGCCGCAUUCACACCGUACAUUUAAAGCAGUUUCAUGCCACUUUAAACAGUUCUGGCUUCCUCCAAAGAAUUCUGGAAGCUGUAGUUUGUUAGCAGUGCUGAGAGCUGUUACAAGGCCCUUAUUCAACUCAGAGCUACAAUACUCAGAGUGGUUAACAGUCAAUCCCUGUUCACAGGGUGAGAAUUGUAUCUCUUGGAGAAGAAUAGGGGCCUCCUAAUAACUCUCAGCACCCUUUGCAAACAACAGUUCCCAGAAUUCUUUGGGGAAAGCCCUACCCAUUUAACGCCGUAUCAGGGAGUUUUGCUUGUACACUGUGAAUGUAGCCAACGACUGGCAGCAGACCUCCAAGGAUUGAACCUGGGACCUUCUGCAUGCACCAUGAAUUAUCUACCACUGAGCAAUGACCCUUCCACAACUGCCACGUGGAGUGUCUGGGUCACAUGUUCUCUUGUACACAUGCUCACUCUUCCUUCUACCAUAUGUAAAUCCUUGACUGGGUGAAAAAUUCCAGAGGGGUAGCCCUAUUAGUCAGUUGCAGUCAAUUGGUGAAAGGUCCUGUGGCACCUUAAAGACUACCAGAUCUUGUGAAGGGCGUGGACUGAAGUGGACUCCAGCUAUGGGGCAUUUGUGGUCCUCUAGAUGUUGCUGGAGCCUAGAUUACCCUCCACAAGAAACAAGCCUUUCUUUCCUGUAGCCCCCUAACCUUGGAACGGCUUUUCUUGGGAGACUGAGAUGGCCCUCUUGUGGCUUUUCUCCCAAAGCCAAAUUAACACUUCUCUUUAAUGUUUCACCAGUUGAUUUCUUUGGACCCUCUUUUUGUUUGUUGGCUUCUAGUGGAGGCAUGUGGUUACAUUAAUUCCCCCCACCCCUAAACUGUAGUAUUUUUUAUCUGAAAAAGUUCAUUUUAAAAAAUGGCUAGUAGCCAUGAUGGCUAUGUUCCAGUUCUGCUGUCAGGGGAAAUAUGUCUCUGAAUACCAGUUUUUUGGGGGGGUGGGUAGAGUGCUAUUCCACUCAUGUACUGCUUGCAGGCUUCCUGUAGGCAUCUGAUUGGCCAAUGUGAGAACAGGAUCCUGGACUAGAUGUGCCAUUGCCCUCAUUUAGCAGGCCAUUUGCUUCACUCAGUUGAGAAAGCGCUCCUCACUUCUCCGAGUGGUGAGAAGUUCUAUGGGCAGCAGUACCAGCUGAAGUUUCCUUCCUAUGAAAUAAAAUGCAGCCUUACACUGCCUUUGUAAUACUUGCCUUGUUGAAAGUUAUGAAGGCAAACAGAAACUCCUGUGAGGCAGACCUGCCUGACAACAACUUGGACAGUGCCCCCCCUCCCCGACCGCCACCAUGACUGCACCUUCCAGGCCCAGGUAAGUCCAACUAGAAACUCUACUCUCUUUCCUUCUGCCUAAUUUCUGUUUCUCUGCCCCCUUCCCUCAGCUAGAGUUGGGUUACCUUAUUCCAAAACACAAACUCUGAUGGGCAUCUUAUUCCAAAACACGGAGAGAUUCCUAACUAUCAAGAGAUGGUUUCUUAUGUGUUGGCUCUUGUUGAUGAGGCAUCAACCAACUGUCUUGGACUAUUAACAAUCUGCCUGACAAAGGGCUGGUCAGUUAGCAGCCAGAACAAUAUAGUAGUCAACGUUGAGUGAUAUCUAAAGUACAAUUCUUGGAUAUAUAUAUAUAUAUAUAUAUAUAUAUAUAUAUAUAUAUGGAGGGGAGAGAGCGAGAAAAUUUCCACCAGGGCAAUGGAACAUAUUCCUUAACAAUUGCCAGGCUACUAAAGUCAAAGGUUCACUCUCACACCAUACCUGCCAAGAUCAAGGUGACUUUGGGGUCUCUCUUUGUGGGAAGCUCAUUCGGCAAGAGCUAGUCAUCAGAAGACUCUUUCCAAUUAAGUAAUUAGACAAGGUGCUAAAUAUAAAGGAGGACUGGUAAUGAUCCUGUUAUUACAGCAUUAUAAUAUUUUGUAGCUUAAGAGCAUUAAGAAGGCCUCACUGGCGAUUUGAAAUUAGGAUCCUCUUUUUUUUUUUAAGCCCAUCAAAUAAAAGAGAGAGAGGAAAGAAGAAGAGAACUUCAAAGCUGCUUUUUUCCCACUUGGAAACCUGCCUGUGUUAGGAUGAAAUGAAUAGAAAAAAGAGCAAGGUUUGCCUUCUAAUAAAGCAUCUGUUGCCCACUUUGAACAUUUCUUACUUCUUUGUGAGCAUGUCUCUCCAGUUAUGGGGACUACUGACAAUGAAGAACAGAGGCCUUGAAAUAGACAAUACCUGUUAUCUACCCAAUAUUUCUGAUUUUCAUGUCACUUUGAACUGGAUCUUCAUUUGACCGCAUGCUGAGUCCAAAAAGAAUUUCUUUGUCGGCUGAUCCAAAGAUGCCAGAAGAUGCUCGGAAAAAAAGUAAACUGCGGGAAUCUGCUCAAUAAAGGCAAGAUGAAAAACAAGCCUUUGCCAUUCACUACACGCACGGACAGUGCUUUUAACUUCUGCCUAUUUUGGUGCUGCAAAGAAGCCCCCUAAAUGCAAAUUUUGUGUGUGUGUUGUUCCAAGGCUAGAUUAUAGCUUUCUCUGUGCAUAAAAUAACAAAAAACAAGCAUAAGCCCCAACAAGAACGGUGAGUAUGGAGAAGUAGCCAGAUUACUUAAAGUAGACCCCUGGCUUUCGGAAGCCCAAUGCAAGGAGACUUUUGCUGCUACUGAGCCACUGCUGCUCUUGAGCAAAUGUCAAGAGGCCUAUUCCCAACAAAAGAUUGGCAGCCUUUCACUGGGAGUUGCGGGGCGGGGGGGGGGGGGGAGUCAGAUUUGGCAGCUCUGCUUAGCAGAGUGAUUCAGCUAAAAUUUGGCCGGGCUUCAGUAAGCUUUCAUUUGUUUGUAUGUGUGUGUGUGUGUGUGUGUGUGUGUGUGUGUGUGCAUGCGUGGUUGUUGAAUGCUAGAAAACUCCUGGCCAGAACAGGCAGAGAGACAGGAUUCCAAGGCACAUUUUCAUCUCCAUCCAGCGGGCUCUCGUCCUGAUUGGGCAAGGAUAAAGCUGGGCCCAGUGAAUUGAUCAAUGAAAAAUGUUCAAUGGAAACCAGCCAACAAAAUCAUCAAAAAGAGCCGGGGCGGGGGACUGGAUGGCUCAGAAGGAUCUGUGAUGGUGGGAGGGGGAAAGAAAAAACAAAAGCAAGGGGGGGGGAGGAGAGAAAAACCUCCUUUGACUUAAAUGGGGAUGAAUUAGACUAGCCUUGCCUGAUUAAAAGAAGAAGUUUGAGCCAACAGAACUUUUUUUGGGUGUGUUCUAUUAAUGGCAUACAUAGUUCCAGAAUUGCUGGAUACCUUAGGUGGGAAACUCUUUUCUGGCUGAGGGCCACAUUCCCUCCUGGGGGCUGGUGAUAAAAGUGGACAGAGCAAUAUAUGUAAAAUAUUUACAUUGUUCACUAGACUGGUUUCUUCACGCACCCCUGUUUGCGUUCCAUCCAGGGAAGAAAGUGGCAUGAUCAGAAUUCAAGGACAGAUUUCAGCCAGGUAAAGAAAAUCUUAAGGCCAGAUGAAUUGAAAGCAUGUGGUUUCCCUCAAUCCUGGGAAUGGUCAUUUACCACUCCCUGUGCUACAGUUCCCAACACCCCCAAUGAACUACAGUUCCCAGAGUGGCUUAACCAUCAAUCCCUCUUCACAAGGAACUUUGGGAGCUGUAACUCUGUGAGGGGAAUAGGGGUCUCCUAACAAUUCUCAGCCUGCUUAACAAACUACACCUCCUAUAAUACUUUGAGGAAAGUCGUGAGGGUUUAAAGUGGUGUGAUAGUGCUUUAAAUGUUCUGUGUGUAUAGUAUUGGGGUUUCUGAGUAAGGAUGCAUGGAGCCCAGCUGCAACUGGGGACCAAUAGGCCCCCUGCUUUUCCCUCUUAGUGACCACUCGGAGGCCAGUUGCAAUUACUCUUGCCCCACUAAUUCCCUCUCCGUCCCACAGCCACCUGCUCGCCCUCCCUCUGCAGCCGUACUUUGUAGUGCACAUUCUUUCUACCAAGUCAUCAGUAACGUCAGCUGGAGCAGAUGUCUGUUCUGUAAUUGAUUAGGUAUCUUUCUGUGGCAAAACCGUUUUGAGUUGUGAUCAAAUGAGCAGUUGGUAGGGCCCAGGCUUUGAGCAUCAGAAUCUGAUUAUGUCCUCAAAAAAAACACAGCCUUUGAAGUGGGCCAGAGAACACUUGGGUAAUUCCAGUUUAUCUGUCUUCUGCAAAAUUCAUCUCGAAGGGAGGGAUUUUUGCCCAGGUGUAUGGGGGGGGGAGGGAACGAGCUUGUUUCCAUUAUGACCCAUCUGUUGACUUCAAAGUUCAGACACUGGCAAGAGAUUGAUUUAAAAACCUGGCAAGCUGGUUUUGCUUGCUUCUAUAUACUUGGGGCAACUGGUGGAUUCAGACAACCAGUGUUCUUCCCCCCUCCCAGUCCUAUCCCAAUUUAUUUUUUCCCUAAUUUCUAUUUACUUUUGAAGUCACCAGGUGUGGGGGAUCAUGUGCUUAAGAGGGCUGAAGGAGGCUCCGAAGAAUUGAGGGACCUCCAGAAAUGAUCCGGCGCUAUGAUUUUUGAACUGUAAGUCUGUUGUGUUUUUUUAAAAAAACAUUAAGUUGCUUUACAAUACAGUGGUACCUCGGGUUAUAUACGCUUCAGGUUACAUACGCUUCAGGUUACACACUCGGCUAACCCAGAAAUAGUGCUUCAGGUUAAGAACUUUGCUUCAUGAUAAGAACAGAAAUAGGGCUCCGGUGGCGUGGCAGCAGCAGGAGGCCCCAUUAGCUAAAGUGGUGCUUCAGGUUAAGAAUAGUUUCAGGUUAAGAACGGACCUCCAGAACGAAUUAAGUACUUAACCCAAGGUACCACUGUACUGUUGUAGGGGGACAGCAGAUAUACUGCCUCCUUCCCUACUACAAACCUCCUUGGAUGCUAAGAUCAGCGAAAAGGCCCUCUUGAUAGUUGCUCCACCCGAGAGGGGGUUUCUCUGUGGCAGCCUCUAAGUAGUGGGACUCCCUCCCCACAGAGGUGCGUCUGUCACCUUCGUUGUAUAGCUUUUGACAAAUACUGAAGACACACCUCCUUACCCUGGCUUUCGACAAUUGAGACAUAACUUUUUAGGAUCCACCUUAUUUCUAUGAUUGUAAGUUGUUUUGAACUUUUUUUUUUUUAAGUGCAUUAACAGUUGUAACCUGUUCUGGGAUCCUGGGGCAAAGGGCAAGUAAUUUGUGACAACAACAACAGGAUCAUAAAACCAUAGAAUCAGAGUUGGAAGUGACCCUCAAGGGUCAUCUAGUCCAACCCUCUGGGCAGUAGUCUAGGAGAUGACCACAAAGAGAAUAAUAGCUCAAGCCAGAAGAGAAUUGACUAUAAGCACCUAUAUUAGUAUGCGUGUAAGAGCAGCAGAUGUCAAAUUUGUGCUCUGUGGAGCCCUGUGAUAUUUACUUAGGACAGGGUUAGGGAACCUCAGUGCCAGGGACCAAAUGUAGCCCUCCAGGGACUCUUCUUCCCAGGCUACACUUCCUCUUCAGUCAUGCCCCCUGUCCCUAGGCCACACCCCUCAUUGAGCCUUCUUUGCACCCUCCAGUGUUCAAACCCAGAACACCACCCUAGUCCAGCAUUCUGUUUGGCAGAGCAAAGCAAGUACACUCGCUGUACGUCAGGCAGGAUUAAGGCUUUGUACUAUGGCACCGAGUAAGCCAGAUAAGGUAUCUGCUUCCAUGAGGUCCAGUGGCUUGCCUGCUUAAAUAAUAUUUAAAAGUUUGAACUUGCAACAUGUCAGCUUUCUUAUAUACCAGAAAGCACUUCUCCAACAUCUCACUUUCCAAGCUUAAAAUCAAUACAAGCACAGCUGCAUUAGUCAUUUCCUAAGGAAAACAUUUCAGUGUUUCGCCCUCCGCAGCUCCUGAACUGGAAGGAUGUUCUAGGAGUCAGCUUUUUACCAAAGUUGAGUGUGGGGAGCAGCUAGGCACCUAGAUAGGCAUGGCAGCAUCAGCCACCCACAAACGAGUAGCAGCCAUUAGAUGAAAAUCUAGUGCAAACAGCCCACUUGCAAGCUUAGUAAUAAACCUGAUGCAAUGCCGAUUAUGAAACCAGUACAGGUGUGAUGAAGUGAUGGGAAGAUUUCAGCUCUAUAUCCCCAUACCACACAACAUACUUCCUGUCCCCAUAAUCCUAUGUCUUCUUCCGUUCCAUGAGAACGGAAAGGCCAGCAAAACAUCUUGGCUCUUAUUUGAAAGGAGCCUGGAUGGCAGUGGAUGUUUCAAGAACAGGAAGAAGAAGAGAAGAAGAAGAGUUUGGAUUUGAUAUCCCGCCUUUCACUCCCCUUCAGGAGUCUCAAAGCGGCUAACAUUCUCCUUCCCCUUCCUCCCCCACAACAAACACUCUGUGAGGUGAGUGGGGCUGAGAGACUUCAAAGAAGUGUGACUAGCCCAAGGUCACCCAGCAGCUGCAGGUGGAGGAGUGGAGACGCGAACCCAGUUCCCCAGAUUACGAGGCUACCACUCUUAACCACUACACCACACUCUCCCCAGUUUGUAGUGCCCAUCCAGUUGAAGUUGCCAACUCGGGAGCACCCGAGAUCCUGAAAUUUCAAGACCAAAACCUGAGAGUGACCCCUGUUGAUUCUUCUUCUGCUUUCCCUGCUACCACUGAGCCCUGGAGAUGGAGGUUAAUUGGGAGAGGAGGGAGCAAAGGAAGGCAGCCCCCCUCCCCCCGCCGAGAGCCUAUGUCAUAAUUCACAGACAGAUCCUGUGGGGCUGAAGCUUACACACAUAGUCUUAAUUUAGUUUUAAAACAAAACAAUGCACUCUCACCCUCCUGGAGGGGACCAGGCAAAUGUGGAGCCUUCAGGUCAGCCUGGAGUUCCGGCAACCCUAUCCCUAACACAUUUUACAUGGGAAUUUCUGUUCUCUGCAAGAAGGAACACAGAUCAACAUAGGCCCAGGAUCUCCAGCCAGAGUUAAUUCUGUGUGAGUAAUAAAAUGGCUUCCAAGCCUGGAUGUGUUUUUGGCACAACUGUUUUCCUUUUGUGUGUGUUUCCCCAUUACUGGGACCUCCCAGAAUGUAGGAAGGCUUUUUACUGGCAGCUGGAAAUUCUAAUGAAUUCUUCUAACUUGACAAGAAAGCCACGAGGCCUACACGCACGCACACACACAGCCCCUUCAAAUCAUACACAUGACAGUAAUUAUCUCCUUUGCUGAUGUCGAAAAAAGCCAAAGUUUGCGUCAUGCUGGAUACCUCCAAUAAUCAUUUGCAUGGAGAUGUGGCGUCUGUGGCAUCAGGACAUCCCAGCGCCAGCACUGGGGCACAUGCUGGCACAAAGGCUCAAUUAACAGCAAUGAAGCUGCAAGAGAACAGCUCAGGUGACGGAAUGAAACCAGAAUCUGAGUGUCAAGAAAUGAGAUGGCACACUAGCCGUUCCGGGAUGGUUGUUUUGUUUCUGUUUUCUGGGAUUGAGUGCUGAGGGAAAUUACAUCCAUACUUGGUAAAGAUUCCUGGGAACUGAGGAUGCUGCUAGUUGUUAGGAGGCCUCUAUUGCCCUCACAGAGCUACAGUGCCCUGUGAAGAGGGAUUGAUUGUUAACCCACUCUGGGAAUUGUAGCUCUGUGAGGGGACAGGAACACGUUUAGGAAACCUUACUUGGGUUCAGAAGUACCCAAACAAGCAAAAUAACCCCAUGUCCACAUACUGAUCUAUGUAAGCAGCUUUCAUGCUGUGUUCCAGAAACUCCUGAGGCUCCUCAGGUAGAUUGUUGUUUAUUAGAAGAUUGGCAAUUGCAGCUGUCAAGGCCCCAGCCCCAACCUCUCUGUGGUAUAGUGGUUAGAGUGCUGGACUAAGACCUAGGAGACCAGAGUUCAAAUCCCCAAUCAGCUAUGAAGCUUGGGCCAAUCACUGUCUCUUAGAGUACCCUACCUCAAAGGGUCGUUUUCAAGAUAAAAGGGGGGGGGGAGAGAGAGCUGCAUACACCACCUUGAUUUCCAUGGUGAAAAGGUGGGAUAGAAAUGUUUAAAUAAAUAAAAGAAGGGGGUUGGGUCUUGGGGCCACCAUUUAAAUUUCCCACAAAUCCCCUGGAGUGAUGCUUUGGGGAGCAUUGUGGAAAUUAAAAUGGCAACUACCAGCCGUGCAGGGCUGAUCCAGAGUGCUGCUUCUUCCACCACUGUUGCUGCUACUACUAGGUAAGCGGGCAUGUAUGGGCCUGAGCCUUAAACCCAGUGGCUAAACUUACCCAGAAUCCUUUGCACCAUGCAAGGGUUCUGUGGCAAACAGCCAGUGUGGAAAGGGGCUCCAUAAAGGUGCAGGCAGAGGGGAGGAGGAAUUGAUUUGGCUAAUCCAUUUUGAACACUUUACAGUGGUACCUCAGGUUACAUACGCUUCAGGUUACAGACUCUGCUAACCCAGAAAUAGUGCUUCAGGUUAAGAACUUUGCUUCAGGAUGAGAACAGAAAUCGUGCUCCGGAGGCGCGGCAGCAGCAGGAGGCCCCGUUAGCUAAAGUGGUGCUUCAGGUUAAGAACAGUUUCAGGUUAAGUACCGACCUCCGGAACGAAUUAAAUACUUAACCUGAGGUACCACUGUAUAAAGAAAAGCAUACAUGCUUUUCUGAGAGCAAAAUCUGGGUUUCUCUUUGGCCCAAAAGCUUGCACUUUUGUGUGAGUUGCAAAGUAUGAGGAGCCACUGAGUCUCCUUUCAUUGCCCUGAAUUCCUUUUCUGCAAUUCUUGACAAUACCAAGGGGAGCUCUGUGGAAUUCCACCACCAGGGUGCGUUGGUAAUGAAAGAGGAAAGACCAAUGUGUUGUGGCAAUGUGAUGUCUUGUCCGGACUCAAGUGGAAGGGGGAGCAAGGAAGAACAACAUGUCACUUUUGAUCCUGAUUCUUCUGAGGAGGGACAGGAUCAGGACCUCAAACUUACUUCUGAGAGCAAAAGGGAGGGAAACCGGCCCAGACAGUUUUACAGAGGGAACCUUUUCUCGAGGAGAGACAAAACUAACAAGACACCUUAAACUUGUGUGGCAGCCUUUGAAAAAAACAGAGAGUUCAAAAGGAUGAAGCUUUCUAAAUUCACAAGAAAGAUGAAAAAGGAGCUGGAAGGCAAAGAACAAGAGGUACCCCUCCUCCGCCAACCUUGCUCUGGCCAAGCUGAAUAAGCUGCAUGGUCUUAUAACAGAUGGAAGGAAGAUGCUUGAAUUGCGCAGCUAUAGGUGGGUGGGGGGAGAAAUAUGAUUCCGUUUGUUUUUAAAGCCAAAAGUAUCAGCUUUGCACUUUCUAAAACAAUAUGUGAACCAAAUUGCAACCAUCCUUCGAAAUUUGCAGUUACAGUGGUACCUCGGGUUAAGUACUUAAUUUGUUCCAGAGGUCCGUUCUUAACCAGAAACUGUUUUUAACCUGAAGCACCACUUUAGCCAAUGGGGCCUCCUGCUGUCACCGUACCGCCAGAGCACAAUUUCUGUUCUCAUCCUGAAGCAAAGUUCUUAACCCGAGGUACUAUUUCUGGGUUAGCGGAGUCUAUAACCUGAAGCAUAUGUAACCUGAAGUGUAUGUAACCCGAGGUACCACUGUAUCUGACUUUUGCAAUGCAGUUCUCCAACCAAAGUGUUUACUACUGUUGUUGUUGUUGUAACCCUGUUUCCCUCCCAGAGCUACAGUUUCCACAGUGGUUUAACAAUCAGUCCCUCUUCACAGGGACUGAUUCACAACUGGAAAUUGUAGCCCUGUGUGGGGAAUAGGGGUCUCUUAACAACGAUCAGAAACCUUAACAAACCACUGCUCCCAGAAUUUUAUGGGGGAAGCCAUGACAGUUUAAGUGGUAUCAUAGUGCUCUAAAUGGAUGGUGUGAAUUUGGCCUAAGUGUGGUGAAAGUGGUUUUGAAACAGAUUCUCUGCCAUCAAAGCAAAUGCUGCAGGAUGCAACUCUAAUUCACUUCAACUGCGCUCUCCUUAGCAGCAAAUUCUAUAUAUGCCCUCAUCACCCAUUGCAUGUUGAGUGGCACCCAUCGGUCGGAAUCAGGCUUGCCAGGUGCCAACAAAGACAACCCAGAUACCACCCUUUAACCCAGAGAUUUUGGCAGUUGAGAAAAGCAGCCUAAAUUCCAGGUUUUAUAUUCCAUUCUGUUCUGAAGCAGAGCUGUGUUUUGGUUCAUAUUAAAAUGAAAACCAAACUUAAUUUCUUCCCCACCCAUAGCCUUAAUCUUUGAUUAAUUCCUAUCUUUCUUCUCCUUCAGCAAAUCACCAGCUAUUUCCUUAGCCAUUUCCCCCUCUCUUUUAAUUGUAUUGUUGUUUUAAAACAAAAAUGGGGGGUGGCAAUUACAGGCAAUUCCAAGGGUAAGAACAUUGCUAGGAAGGAGCAUGCUACAUCAUAAAUUCAUCUGGGAUGUAAAUCAAUGGCCAGAUGUCUCUCCACAUGUGACCAUAUGUCUUGGUUUUUUCUUAGGCUAAGCGACAUUUUGAGGGCACAUCUAGAUUUGUGUGUGGAACGUGUGUGUGUCAAAAAUGAGCCUCUGAUUUCAGGUGGGGCUGGGCAUCUGAAUUCAUUUACUCAUGGUCUCAGGGCAGAUGGCACACAGGUCUGCAGAGAUGUAAGCCCCAAAGCAUAUUGCCCCAUUUUGCCAUCAGACCCUUUAGAAUGUUUGUAGAAUGAGAAACAUUACGAAAUAUGUUCCCUGGUAGUCUCUAGGGUUGGCCAAAAUGAUUCAUGCUUUCUCAAACAGGCUUAAUGGUCCACAUGUGUUUAGACUUCUUGAAACUGCUCUUUGGGGGCAGGGGGAAGGCUUAGCUGGAUGGGUUUAACAGCAAGACCAAAUCUUGUCAAAAACAACAACCUAACUUCCAGUUCAGAUUGGGAAUUUAACAUCCUCUUUUUAUGUAUUUUUGUUAUUUUCUCAAAGGCUUCCCAUUUUAAUUACAAAACUGAUUUGAAACUUCUUUUUUAUUGUGCCACAGCUGCCUCUGAGAUUCUUCACUGGAUACUGAAUUACAACUGAUGAUCUUUUAGUGCAAUCCUAUGUAGAUUUACCCAGAAGUAAGAGCCUGAAGUGGAAGAGGGAAAAGGAUUGGGGGGGGGGUGUUAGGCCCACUGUGGCCGAUCAGAGAAUCAUAGAGUUGUAGAGUUAGAAGGUUAGAAGGUACCCUGAGGGUCACCUGGUCUAAACUCCUGCAAUGCAAGAAUCUCAACUAGAUCAUAUGUGACAGAUAACCAGCCAACCUCUGCUUAAACAUGAAGAGAAGUGGUAUCCCAUCCCAUCUCACCUGACUUUGAACAUUGCCCUGAGUUUAUUAGUGCUUAGUCCCAGGUAAGAGUUCAUAGGAUCGUAGCCAUAGAAAACUUUGCAGGAAUUCUCUUUUCACAAUCACCUGGCAUUCAGAGGCAUGCUUCCUCUCACAGUGAAGGUAGACUAUAGCUGUCAUGGAUAGUAGCAACUGAUAGAUUUACCCUCUGUGAAAUAGACCCUUGAUAAGGGUCUUGGUGCCCUACUCAACACUUAAGGAAGCUGUGGUGGACUUUGGGUUCUCAAAUUCUAGCAGCCGCCUAUGUGAUGGUAAAUUUCGGCGCCCUCUGCCGCUCCAUUCUACACCAUUGUUGUAGCCCUGGCACUCAGUACAGCCCAACUGACCAUGCUACCCUAAAACCACCUCUGAAGGAAAGACGUCAGCUCAGUGGUGGAGCAUCUGCUUUAAUGCAGAAGGUCUCGGGUUCAAUCCUUGGGGUCUCCAGGUAAGACUGUGAAUGUUCCCUCUCUGAAACCUUGCUGCCAGUCCGUGUAGAGAAUAUUGAGGUGAAUGUCCUAACUCAAUAAGGCACUAGGCAGUUUCUUACAUUACUGUAAGACGAGGGGGAGAUGUCUUGUGGUAUUACUAAGCAGCACCUUUUUCCUUCUCUUCUUCUUCUGUCAAUGGCGUUUGGCUUCAGAGAGUUUUUUCCCUUUCUGGGUUGCAUCAAAGCACGUCCUGCCUCAUCGCACCUUAGAGCAUCCUCAGAGCACAGUGACAUGAUCUGUGCCAGCCCACCUGGAAACACAACCGUUACAAAGCAGCAGCAUCACCGAUUCUCUUUCUACUUCUGCCAUCAAUGAACUGGAGAAAACAAGAGGCAGGAGCAGGCCAAACAGUGGGGAUGCAGGCAGGGUAAGAAUCGCUUUCUUUGUAAGGAUAGAGGAUGUAAGCCAAAAUUCACCCCCCUGUCUUGUCAGUGAAGUUCCAGGCGUCAGCAGAGGAUGCUGGCUGAACUUUGCCACUUUCUUCAUGUUGUUGUUGUUGUUGUUGUUUAGUCGUGUCCGACUCUUCGUGACCCCAUGGACCAGAGCACGCCAGGCACUUCUGUCCUCCACUGCCUCCCGCAGUUUGAUCAAACUCAUGCUGGUAGCUUCAAGAACACCAUCCAACCAUCUCAUAACAUACUACAUCUCACGUGGCAGAGCCCUCAUCUUACCCCCAUGAUGGAGGUGUCAUGAUAGAAGUUUAUAAAACCAUGCACAACAUGGAGAAAGUGGAGAGAGAAAAGUUUCUCUCUCUCACUUCCAGGGUGGCGCCAUCGGCAAUGGCGGACUCCCUCUGAUCUGGAGGGACUAGCUCCACGCGAAACAGGUCUUUUCCGCUAUGGCGAAGCGGGGACCCUUUUAAAAAUCACAGGCAGAUGAAGCCUGUGACCAUGGGACUCGGCGGGCACCUUUAGCGCCCCCCCAACCCGCAAAAGAACCCACUAACGGGCUCCGGAGCGAAGAGGGGGAAGUGGCGCGGUGCUGAGAGUCAACUGCUUCUUCCGUGGAGCGAAGCCGCACAGCCGUUGCCGGAGAGCGCUGCCUUUUUCCUGGGACAAUUUGGCUUCUAAAGUAAUCACCCGUGAGUACUUAAAUUUCGGACAAUUGGACUUUAAAUAAGGACUUGCGAGUAGAAAGGAAAAUUGGACUUAAAAGUUUAGGUCAAUUUGGCACUGAAACGGGAAGGUCUAAACAGGAAGUCAGCCUUCCGUUUCUUUGUAGAUAGAUUAAAGCAAAGACAUGGCAAACUAGAGCUCAGAAAAUCGCUUGUAAAAGAUUACCUUUCAUCAUUUAAAAUUGUUGAACCCCCCUUCGGAAGCAGGAGAAGAGGGGGGAUUUUUUCGGACUGUUUAAACCUGCAGAAGUGAGUGUAAAGUAAAGUAACUUUCCACCGUCCUGAUCCUGGAGCGGGGUGUCAGGACUGACGUUUUUUGAAGCUCAUUGACCAGAGACAAACGUUUUUGACAGAUAGCUAUAAUAAGAGAAACAUUGAUUCCAUUGUCCCUCUUCGCAUUUUAAAGGAACAAAUAUUGACAAAAUAUCUGAAAAAGGAAACUUUGUUGUUAGACUUGUCUUUAAAAGAAAGAACAAAUAGAAGUUUUCCCCUUAGAGGGAGACUGUGAAACUGUAACCAACUUCGGGGAGCUUGCAGCUGUUACAGAUUACAAUCGUGGGAAUAGACUUCUGACCUUGCAGGACAAUGUAUUCAGAAGCUCUGUUGCGUGCUUUCUGUAAAACAAAUGCCCUACUGGAACAGCUACAUGAGAAGACGGACUUGAUGACUGAUGCGAUCAGAAAUUUUGAACAGGCAGUGGGAAAUUAUACGGAGCCCACCCAGGAAUUAAAUCAGGAGUGUGCCCUGACAGAACAGAUGAGGGAAGAGGAUGUUGCAGAAUCUUGGGCGCCAGAGAUGAAGGGAGCUGUGGCCCAGCAGGAACAUGAGCUUUUGGACUUGACAAAUGAACUUGGAAAAAGCCAGAUUUGGAAAGAUAAAGUUUGGUUUGGUUUGGAAAUGGGGGGUUGGAUAGGGGGUUGGAUGCAGGGAUGUUUGGACCUUUCAAGUCUGGCAAUGGGCCGUGAGAUGUUUGGGGUUGUGGGGGCUCUUAAUUUUGGAGGGAUUUUGAAACAUGUUCUUAAAUACCACAUGGAGUUUAGUGUGGACUAUGGAAAAGGGGCUGAUUUGUCGAGAAGGGUCAAAAACAUUGUUAAGCUGGAGUUCCCACGAGUGAAAGGAGCAGGAGACAAAGGAAAAUACAGUUAUAAAUAUGAAGAAGAGCUGCGGAAGGGACAUGGAAGAGACUUAAGGGCCUCGGAUACAAGGUUACCAGGUUAAUGCGCUAGAUUGAUGGGAUAAUAAGGACUGACAAAACCCGGGACCAGGAGGAAGGGACGCUGGAUGAAGACUGGAUUGUUUUUAUUUCCUUUUUUUACUACUAGGAUUGUUUUAUAAAAUUGAUGAAUGUUAGAAAAAUGUUGGAACGAAAUUACUUGGCUUUAGCAAAAAUGUUUAAAGAAUUAUGUAAGAAUAUUAUGGUUAUGAGAAGUUGGUAAAAAUAAGAUUUAAGUUUUAAGCUUUAAGGUUCUUUAUAGUAAGAUAAGAUUAAAAUAGAUUAAGGUAAUGUAAUGACAGAAUAUUAUGAAAUAUGGAAAGGAUUUGCUGCGACAAUUAACAACUAGGAUACAAAAAAAGGGAGGAGAAGGAGGUCAAAGAAAGAAGUUAAUGACAGUUGAAGAUUUGAGAAUGAUGGAUUUGUUUUUGAGUGUUUGUGGUGUAUUUUUGUUUUUUUGAAUUUGUAUUGUUUGUUUUUUCUUUGUUUUUUUGUUUUUUUCUGCUUUGUUCUCUUUUGUAAUUCUAAAAAUUUUCAAUAAAUAUCAUUUAAAAAAAAAGAAAAAAAAGAAAAGUUUCUCUCUCUCAUAACACUAGAACUCAUGGACAUCCAAUGAAGCUGAACGUUGGAAGAUUCAGGACAGAGAAAAUAAAGUACUUAUUCAUGCAGUGCGCAGAUAAACAAUCAAACUCACUCCCAUAGGAGGCAGCCAUGGCCACAACUUGGAUGGCUGUAAAAUGACAAAUUCAUGCAGGAGAAGGCUAUCAGUAGCCGCUAGCCAUGAUGGCUAUGCUCUGUCUCCAUGUUUGGAGGCAGUAUCUUUGAGUACCAGUUGCUGGAAACCACAGGCGGGGAGAGGGCUCUUGUGUUUGGAUCCUACUUGCCUGUUUCCCAACGGCAUGUGGUUGGCAACUGUGAGAACAGGAUGCUGGACCAGAUGGGCCAUUGGCCUGAUACAGAAGGUUCUUAUAUGUUCUUAUGAUUGCUGCAUUCUCUCCUCAGUAUCCAGAGAUGCUCAUAGGAACUUCCUCAGGCCAGGUCAGAAUCUUUUAUUUUGCUCACAGCAGCAGUUGAUUUAAUCCCGUAUUUCAUAUUUUGUGUUCUCUUUUAAUAUGUGUUAUUGUAGGCAACCAAUUAAUCACUGUUUCUUUUAUUAGUUUGCCAGAUUGCAUCACUGCAGUUAGAUUCAUUAUUUCCAAUUGUUCCCAAAAGUUCCUAACUGUUUCCAAUUUCUUUGGCUCUCUUUGCUCUUUCCAUGCUUUGGCGUAGAGUGUCCUGGCUAUGGCCAUUAUAUACAAAAUCCAUUCUUGAUUUUGUUUUAUACUGUCUUGGCCUUGCUUGGCCUUGGCAUGCUUAAGAUUCUUUUUUCCAAGAAAUACUUGGGUCCAAACUAGACACAAUGGGAGCUCCGUCAGGAUGCAGAUCCAGGAGACCCAUGGCUGAGGCUGGGCUACGCAGGUGUAACUCCCCAUCCUCAGCUCAGAUAUGGGACCCAGCUGCCUGAGCCAAGCCUAGCAGAUUGUAAACCCUAAAAAGGGGGUGUUCUGGCAGCAGGACCAGAGACAGGGGUCUUAGGCGGGAUUCUAAGAUCGUUUAGCUUGGUCACUUGUGGUGACAACCUGUCAUAGGUUAAGCCAGCAAAAAGGGUGAUAUAACUCAAAGACUAUUUUAAGGGCUUGUUUUCCCUCUGCCAGGCUUAGGCCUGCUCAGCCAGCAACAGCCUUGCUCCUAAACAAAUUUUGGAACUGGGCUCCCCUAUUUUUAUCAAAGAAACGUUGGAGGGUAUGGAGUUAUGUGACUCCCCCCAAGCCAAGGAGAUAAGUACUGUAACUAUACAACCUUUAAAAGACACCUGAAAGCAGCCCUGUAUAGGGAUGUUUUUAAAUGUUUAAUGUUUUCUGUGGUUUUAUAUCUGUUGGAAGCUGCCCAGAGUGGCUGGGGCAACCCAGUCAGGUGGGUGGGGUAUAAAUAAUAAAUUUAUUAUUAUUAUAGAAUAGGACGUCCCUAUUUUUAUUGGAGAAAUGUUGGAAGGCGUGGUGAAUUGUUUGUCUGCUGGGUGUUGUUCCUUAUCAGGUCUAGCUCAUGAAGAGGCUUAUUUACUGGCAAUGCAGCAGCUAGAUUUAUGUUUGCACCGUUUACAAUCACACCGUGCUCACAUUUGUUCUUGUCAGUCAAGUAGUGAUCUAUUAAUCAAACAGGACGCCUGGGGUGUUCAUUACCACAAAAAAAAAAAGGUAUGAAGACUGAAUAUGAAUGGUAAUUUUAGUGCUUUUGACAAACAAGGAUUGUUAAGGCCCCCCCAUGCACUAUCAAUUCAUUAUUAAGAGCUUGCUUGUAGUUAAGUGACAAGAACCCCAAAUCUCUUAUUCAGUCACUGACAUGGCAGUUUAUUCCUGCUCACCCCACCCAGCCCCAGUUCUGUUCAUUCAGUGCCUAAGAAUCCCCGCUGCUCUUCCCAGCAUGCACUGCUGUGUGACCCUUGACCUCUGGCAGUGAUUAAUUGUCUUAGUGUCAUAGCAAUCACCUUGCUCUCUCUGAUCCGCGCUCACUUUGUUCUCUCUGAUCCUCGCUCACUUUUUCUCUCCAGAUCUCCCCCCCCCCCCCAUUUUUUAAAAAUCUCUCCAGUAUCCUGGUUACUGUAAAACAAAUUAAGAGAAAUGGCCUGUUGCUGGACCCCAAAUCUCUUAAUUCUUGAUUCUGAGGCAGCUUUCUGCUUAUGUUCUUUUUUUCUUUUUUGUUUACCUUGGAUCUAAUGAACUGGGAGGAGGUGAUCUGCAUCUGUGUCUAGACUCUAGCAUACCCUCCAAGUGCCCUGAUUUUCCAGGGACAGUCCCAGAACUAUGAAAGUCAUCCCAGCUUCUGAUUUGAUACUGGAAUGUCCCUAUUUCCACUGCCAGGGCUACUAGCUCUGAACUCACGGAGGAGGAGGAGACUGUGCUUCUCCUAAGCUGCAGCGGAAGCUGCGAAAGAGCACCCGGCCUCCCCAUGGCCGCCGCUGCCAGGCUCCUCCAUUGGACAGUUUGUGGCGGCGGCUGGAGAGCAGGCAAGGAGGAGAGGCUCUGGCUGUUGCAGCAGGAAACGGGGAGGAAAACAAAGCAAAAGGAGUCUUGAUUUUUUAAAAAAUACACUUUAUGUGUCCGCAUCUAAUCUUGCCCCUUUCUAAAAUUUAUUUAUUGAUGUGUGCUUUACUUUUUGUAAAUCUACCAAAUAAUAAAAUAAAAUUGGGAUUAAGGGGCUUUCUCUGGACGGCAAAAGGUGUGUGUCCCUUGUGUGAAGUAGUGGCGGCACUUGCCCUACUUCUGAUAGGAAAUGCUGUGGGGGGAGGGAUGGAGACAAAAAUGGGGUCUGUUUGAGGAGGGUCAGUUUGGGGUGUGGGGAAUGUCCCUAUUUUCAUCUGAGGAAUGUUGGAGGGCAUGCUCUAGGCUGGGCAGAAAGGCAGGUCUGUGGCAAGACUCCUGCCUGGCACCCUGCAGAGUUGCUGCCAGUCGGUGUAGUCAGUAUUGAGCAAGAUUGGACAAUGAUCUGCUUCCAGACUUGCCACUGUUUUCAAGGUUCAAUUUAUAAGGGAGGUCUUGUGCAAUGAACUCAUUUCCCUUAAAGAACAAACUUUGUGUAAGAAGGAAAGUGGUGGGGGAAAUCCGCUAGAAAGUGUGGACGAACAUUUGCUUUGGCACACAGCUGUCCUAAAAUAAAAAUAAAAAAUCAUGGGAGCUGUAGUUUACCUCUCAAAGAGGUACAAUUCCCAAUACCCUUAAUGUGCUUUACAUGAUGGUGUGGAUGUAGCCGAGGACAUCUAACCCCCAUGCAAACAAAUCGGAAUGAACUCCCAUUAAAUAUCCAGCAUGACUAAUCUUCUUGAAAACAAACGGGGUGACUGGUCAAUAAACAGCCCACCAGAAAGCACCCAAAGGCAGCCUCAAAUGCUCUCUUCUCUUUGGCUAGGGCAAAAGGGAGACCCAAGGCUCUCUCCACAAGCCAAUGCUCACUGUUCAUCUGUGUCCAUUGUGUCUGCGUUGAACAGGAGCUUGUUAUCUCUGGUGACAUAAGGGUGAAAAGACAGGUAAAUAUCCUCCUCUUAGGCUCGCUCAAAUCGCACAAGGAACCUUUCCCCUGUGAGUGAAGGUUGCUCUGUUUAGGACUUUUUAGUUUAGAGAAAAGACGAUCAAAAGGUGGCAAGUUUCUAAAAUUAUUCAUGGCAUGGAGAAAGUGGAUGGAGAGAAGGCCCUCCUCCCUCUUAUAACACUCAAACUCAUGGACAUCCAAUGAAGAUUCAGGACAGAUAAAAGAAAGAACUUCUUCAGGCAACGCUGAGUUAAACUAUGGAACUCUCUUCCAUAGGAGGCAAUGAUGACCACCAGUUUAGAUGGCUUUUGAAGAGGAUUAGACAAAUUAAUGGAGGAGAAGGCUAUGGAUGGCCACUAGCCAUGAUGACUGUGCUCAGCCCACAUAGUCAGAGACAGCAAUGUUUCUGAAUAUCAGUUUCUGGAAACCACAUUUAUUUUUGCCAAAUCCUGCUAAAACAGAAUUAGCAGAAACAAUAUCAAUCGACUUUGGGGUUGUUGUUUUUUAUAAAAAAAACACAAAAAAAACAGAAGUGAGGGAAAACACUUAGCAGUUUUACAUUCUUGAUUCUGCUACUAAGAAUGGAUGCGUUAGCUGUAUGGUAUCUUUGUGACACUUGUUCAAGCAUGGUGUGAUUGUUAAUUAUUUCCCUCCAACGCUUUAAUGUUGAUUUGACAGGUUGUCAGGUUGUUUCUCUCUCUCCCCCUCCCCCAGCAUUGCCUUGUCUAUUUUGCAAAAGUAUUGCACAUGGUUGUGGUUGAAGAAAUGUAAGCAUAUGCCUGUGUGUGUGUCUGUGUGUGUUUAAAUUGUGCAAUGAAAUUAAAUGGUGUAUGACAAGAAUGUUCUUUAAAUAAGCCUUUAAUGUGUGUGACACCUUUCGGAGGAAAUAAUGGAAGCUGGUUUUGUAUUUACAGCUGCAGUUUCUACAACCAGUCCUGUAUUGAUUCUGCAAACCCCUUAUUAACACCUGGCUGCGCUUUUGCAGUUUGCUGUUUGCCUGUGAGAUUAACCCGGACAAUUGCUUAAGUGAGUACAACUGCUCCCAUGGUCCCGAGGUGAUAGAAACCCUCCCCCCCAUCUGCAGUCUAUCUGAAGGAGAUAAUAAGUUUCAACAGAAGGCUGUGUAGUGGUGCUGUAUCUUUGGAACUCCCUCCUAGCUUUUAAGUGUACCUUGAAAAUGUAUUUGUUUGAAACAGCAAUCAAUUAAAUGGCUUUAAAAUGUUUUUAAGUGCUUUGACUUGGCUUUUAAACGGCUUUAGACCUGUUUUAGGUUUUGUGAUUAGAUUGUCUCCUUGGUAUUUUAAAGAUUGUUUUAUGGAGUUAAUUAUCUUCUGUAAGAUGCCUAAGAAGCGCAAAUCCCUGAAAAAUGGCAUACAAGUAUUUUAAACAAAAUAGUUUGUGGAUCUUGACUACUGGUGAAAUUCCAAAGUCGUGCCACUUGAUUGUUUCUACAGAUAUUCUGCUCCAGUCUUCUCUGAGCACCUAGAAGUGCUGCUCUUCCAUAGAGCUAUGCCUAACCUCUCUGCAUUACUCAUUGCUGUGGAAGUGUUUCCUUUUAAUCACGCCCCAUCUGCACUAAACAUUAAAGUGGCAUGAUACGGCCAUAGCUUCCCCUGUAGAACUUUAAACAGUCAAAGAUUUCACCCCAGGGAAUCCUAGGAACUGUAGUUUGUUAAAGGUGCUGAGAGUUGUUAGGAGAUUCCUAUUCGCCUCCCAGAGCUAUGUUGCUUUGCCAUUUGAACUUAACGGCCCCAUAUUCCUCCAGGCAGAUCUUCCUUUGCAAAGUCAUGUUAAAUGUGCAGAACUGGAAAUUUCCCAAACAGCAGUGCAUUGAUAAAAUUUGGGAGAUCUGAAUUACGUACCAACUCACUCUACAAGUGCAGUGAGCAGUAGUCCAAUUUUUAAAAAGAUGUUAUGACUGCCGUGGCUUCCGUUUUAUCUCCUUGGUGGAAGCUCUUCAAGAUUCUGACCACAUUCCAAUCAAAUGCAGAUGUAGGUAUAUAUUUUUCUGACUGCGAUUCCGUUAUAUAACUUACGUGCUGAAGCUCUCUUAGGGCAGAUGAACGCAUCUGGUUGUGCUGAUGCAGGUGUACCAUGACGUUUUUUCUUCCUGAGCUCCUCCCAGUGGGCAUCAGUCUCCCGUUAGAUCAUACAUUUUUCAAAAAUUCUGUUUUCAAUGCCAUGUGCAUUUUCACGCACACUUUAUCCCAGUACAUACAUUUUUGUACGCAUUGCUCAGCUGGAGAACUGCACUGCAAAAUCUGGAGUAGUAUAGAUUACAAUUGAUGGCUGCAUUUCAGUUUGGACGUUGUUUUGAAAGUUGGUAAGGUUCCCCUUUCCAAGUGAACUGAACCUAAUUUCUGCCCCUGCCAACCCUAUCAAACUCUAUGGGGCCUAAGUUAGCCAUGGCUCAAGUCCCAUUGAUUUCAAUGGGAGCUCAAUCCAGCUACCUGAAGCUUGGAUCUAACCUGUUGUCUUGACAGAUGAUUGACAGAGGUGCAGUAUAUCCUGUGGCUUCUUUGGAGUAGGCAAGUCAUCUUAGAUUUCUUUGACAUGUUAGAGAGUUGAGAAGCUGCUCCAUUUCAAAACACACAGAUAGGAUGUCGGUAUGUGCCCGCGCACUUACGUCUUCAGAUGUUUGCUAAGGUUGGAUACAUGAUCUUGUUUGGCUUAACAAGCAAAUGGUACGAUCGCCUUGUCCCUUGGCAUUCUUAGAAACCAGGGUGAAUCAUUGAGGAAAAUCCCCCCCCCCUUUACGUUCCUUUCAUGCGAGCAGAGAGAAACCUCCCUCCCUCUCCUCUCUCCCUUCUCUUUGGCUGGAGUUCCUUGUGUACUUGGAACACUCUGCUGAGCUCGUGAGCUCUUGACAAGUGCGUGAGGAUCAGAGACACCGAAUACCUGGGCUGCGGCCGCAACAAUUAUAUUUUCCAAACGUUUUAGGGUGUUUAACAGCUAGGAAUGCUAAUUCCGUGCACUUUUACCGCUUGGUGGCUACUGGUAGCUUGUCAACAUGUGGAGCUGCUUUGCCUCAGCUUCUCUCUAGGCUUGCAUGCUGUGGAGUGCAAGUAAUAUGUUUAGUGUGCGGUUAUUGCAAACGAAAGGAAAGCCAGUGUGGCUUAGUGGUCAGUGUUGAACUAGGAACAGAAAGAUUCCUGUUCAAGUCCUCCUCACUUGCCCACAAAGCUUAUUGAGUGAAUUUUCGGCCAACUAUUCUCUCUUAGCAUGUCCCCCCUCCUAGGGUUGUUGUGAGGAUAAAAAGGCUGGAGGAGAUGAACUUUCCUGUGAUGCAAAUAGCGGGUUGUAUCCAAUGUUUAGGCCUACUCAGAGCAGACAAAUUGAAAUUAAUAGGGAUUGCUAGCUUAGGUCCAUAAAUAUUGUUGGGUCUACUCUGAGUAAAACUUGGUUGAUUGCAACCAAGGGUUGUUAACAGACUAGAGAAAAAUUGGCUUGAUGGGGGCAGAGGGAGCAGUUUUCAUCUCCUCCUUCAACCUUUUUUAAAAAAAAAAUUAAAAAAGGAAUAAGUUGUGUCUCUUUGCUGCAUAGACAGCUUUUAGUUUGUCUGUGCCCAGGACCCACAGCCAAUAGCUGGUUCUGCCCCUACUCUCUGUUCUUAGACUCAUUCUGGGUUCCACCCCUUGGCAUCCCUUAUUUAAAGAGUUGGUGACCUUAAACAUAAAUAGUUGAGAGACAGCAUUGCCCUGUGGUUAGAGUGCUGGACUAAGAUCCAGGCUGCAAGCUUACUAGGUGACAUUGGUAAGUCACUAUCACUCAGCCUGACUAUCUUCCAACCUUGCAGGGUUGUUGCGAUGAUAAAAGGAAGUUGGGGUGUGGGGACUGUGCUCCCUGAACAAGGAGUAGCUGGAUUAAAAUGCAAUGAGUAAAUUAAUUAGGUCCAUGUCCAGGCCUAAGAUACAUAUUUCUCUGUGUGUGUGUUUUGGGGGCCAGAAUGAGAAGAGCUACACCUCACUUUUCACACAUUGCAGCCUUGCUCCAAAUUAUAAGGUUAUAUGAGGAGUGCCCUGCUGGAUAGGAGCAAAGGCUUAGCUUAGUCAGCCUCCUGGGGUGCCUCAAGAUAAGGGCUUAAUACUGUAAACAAGUGGUGGUGGUGGUGGUGGUUAUUAUUAUUAAUUACCUGCCCUUCACCCUAAAGUCCCAGGGCAGAUUGCAGCAUUUCAGACACAUUAUUAAAAGCCAUUUAAAACAACUUCAAACCACAGGACUAAGGUGGGACUUAAAAAUAUGCCUCUACAUUGUCAAAAGCCAAGGUAAAGAAGGCUGUAUAAUGAAAGUGCCAGACUCACCCAUGUGGGGAGGGCAUUCCACAACCUAGGGGCUGCCACAGAGAAUGCCUUCUCCCAGGCUACCCCAUUCCCCAAGCUGCUGAGGGUGGAGGAAAUACCCAGAGGGCGCCCGCUGCCAAUCAUAAUGCCCAAGAGGGUGUGCAGGGAAGGAGAUGGCCUUUCAGGUAUUUGGGGCCUGCCUCAUUGUUCAGACAUAGUAAGUGCAUUGUUGGUAACAGUGUUUAAACUUAUCAGACCUUAUCUGGGAAGCAGCAAUCAAGAGUAAAUGUGGAGUGCUGGGGGGAGAUAUUUGGGCUGUCAUUCGGAUGCCAGCAAUGCAAUGUAGGCAUUAGGGAUUUAAUGGCAAAUAUCUGUACUUUCCAAAACAAUCCAGGAACCAAAAUGCAGCCAUUCACAAGCCAUUCACUCCAAAAUUUGCAGUGCAGUUCCCCUGCUGGGUAAUGUCUAUGAAAAACUGCACACACCAAAGCAUGCAUACAACAAAUGCAUUUGUUAUUAAACAUAACAUACAAAAAUGCAUUACAUUGGAGAAAACUGGCUUUGCAGAAAUGUGUGGGACCUCUCUGUACAAAAACAUUCCCUUCAUCCCAUUGUAGUCAGGGGGUGUUAUCUACUGUGGAGCUAUCUUCAUGCAUAAGAACAAAGGACAAUGAUGGCUGAAGGGGACAUUCUCUUGCUUGGUGGCUUGUGAGUCAUAGCCAAUGUCUGACAUGGGAAAAAUAACUUGAGACAAGUUUUACUGGGUGACCUUGGAGGGAUGUGUGGUCUGUUGGCUCCCAAGGUUAUGGCUCUUUGGAGAUGAGAGGCAGGUUUUGUUGUACUGGGAUCGGCAAGUGUUUGAAUGUAAUAAUAAAUACUUCAGGAAUGAUAGUUUUCAAGGGAACAGAUAAAGUUAAGUACGAAGAAAGGACACAUACCAUGAUGUUUAUAACCACUAUGUUAUCUUGCCAGUCAGCAAGAAUAAAAACGGUGGAGUCCUAAAAGAGAUUGGGGGGGCAGAAAUCCCAUAGCGAUGAGUCCAUCUGCAUGCCUUAAUCUUAAGCAAUCCAUCCUUUAUUCUCUCUCUUUUUUUUUUAGUCUCACUAGGCAUUCAAUAUCAGUUUCAGAGCCUGGGAUGGCAGCAGCAGCUGCCUGGAGGACUCCCAAGGAGAGGGAGAGGAAGCUGAGGGAGCACUCCACAAGGGAAGGUGUUUGAAAAAGGGUGAGAUGCUGUCAGCUCUGCAGGCAAAGGGUGAUAUAACUGGGCUCCUGCGCCGCACAGGGGUGCUACAGAAAGAAUAUAGUUGGUCAGGGGAGCUGUGGACUCAAAAAGGUUGAAAACCUCUGUUCUAGGGAGUUUCAGACACUUACCCAGGGUCUCUGUGUCUUUUUGGAAAAUAAGGCACAGCGGUGACUGUGGCAUCUUUUAUUUACACAUAUAUACAACCUGAGCCUAACAGACAGCAUCUCAAAAAGCAGAGACAUCACCUUGCCAACAAAGGUCCGUACAGUUAAAGCUAUGGUUUUCCCAGUAGUGAUGUAUGGAAGUGAGAGCUGGACCAUAAAGAAGGCUGAUCGCCGAAGAAUUGAUGCUUUUGAAUUAUGGUGCUGGAGGAGACUCUUGAGAGUCCCAUGGACUGCAAGAAGGACAGAUCCUGAAGCUGAGGCUCCAAUACUUUGGCCACCUCAUGAGAAGAGAAGACUCCCUGGAAAAGACCCUGAUGUUGGGAAAGAUGGAGGGCACAAGGAGAAGGGGAUGACAGAGGACGAGAUGGUUGGACAGUGUUCUCGAAGCUACCAACAUGAGUUUGAUCAAACUGCGGGAGGCAGUGGAAGACAGGAGUGCCUGGUGUGCUCUGGUCCCUGGGGUCACGAAGAGUUGGACACGACUAAACGACAGCACAGCCUGAACCUAUGAUGGAGGGGUCCCCAGAAUUACACUCAAAGAGGGCCUUGCCCCUUCCAGAAGCACAUCGUUGGGUUCAGACAUCAGCUAUUUUUCUCUGCCUCUUGCUCUCUGCUUGUCACAUAACAUCUUCCUCCCAGCUGCUAAACCACAGUUGCUUUUCCUGAGGUGUGAAAGGAGCCCCACCCCAUAGUUGCCUCACAGAGAUUCCUGGUGAUCCAUUGUUGUGCUAACGGCUCAUUGCCCCACAGGCUAACACCUCCAAGGAAAUUAGUCUUGAGUUAUUCCAUGGGAUUAGUUAGGUGUCAAAUACACAGUUUAGGAAGUUUGCCUAGCUAAAUUAAUCCUUUCACAUAUGUUAAUUCCAGAGAAUUAAAGCAUCCAACACACAUCUUAACACACAUGAGUCUGGCAACAGACCGGCCUUAAUUAAAUUCUAACACUAACUUGAUCUGGAAUUUAGGGUGACUUGCACCCACAGAUUCAUAACAAUACAAAGCAAUGGAGCUUUCCAAGCAAUUCAGAUAAUAUGCAGGAUUGUAUCUUAUUUUUUACUUCUUCAGAAUCAAAUUGGAUAAUUCUUAACAGAUGGCAGUCAUCAUUCCCCCUUAUCAACUCAAAUUUUCUUUCAGGAAUAUGUCAUUCCUGUUGAUCUUAAAUUUUUUAAAUAUAAUAUACUGCCUCCCGUUUGAUAAUGUUAGAAUAUAGGAGUAGAGCCGCAAUAUAUGUAUUAAUUGUAACUUAGGAAGAUAUUCAGCUACAUUUUAUGCAGAGAAGGUCAAUUGUAAUUAAUGGAGCUAAUGGAACUUAGGGCUCACCCAGAUUUGUGUUUAUCCAGCACCUAGAAAGCAUGGGUCCAAGCAAUUUUCCGUUUGUCUUGCAAUUUCUUGGCACAGGUCUGAGAGAUUUUGCCCUCGCCCCACUGCUUUUAUUAGUGAUAAAUUGGAGCAAACAUCAAUCUGGAGAAAACCCAAUUUCUCUUCUUUGCCUCCAAAUUUCACUUUGAUCUAAAUUGGCUGUAUAAACAAAAAUUGGGCAGUUAAGAUUCCAUAGGCCAGUUUAAAAAAUAAUAUAAAAUCCAAAGUACCGUGUGUGUGUGUCUGUCUGUCUCUGUGUGUGUGUGUGUUGGGGGGGGGGUGUUUUCCAUUCCAAAUAAGAGCAUUUGCCUAGAAUGGAACCAGAGAUCUUGUUCCGAGGAGCGCAAAACAAUUUUAAUGCCAACAAUAUUUUACACAGUAGAAUACUUCCCUUACCCGCUGACUCUUCCAUAUAGGAGCAAGCCCAAAGGAACAUUUCAUGUGGAAUUAUUUAAUUUUGAUUAACAGAAUGCUACUUUUAGCUGGGAAAAAUGUUCCCAUAGACUGGUAGGCAACAGAAAGGCUGUAUAAAGCCAGAUUACAUCACUUCUUUCUCAGAGCAACAAAAGACCAAUGGCAUCCCCUCUUGCUGAGAGAAAAUUAGCAGCAACUUUGGAUCCAGGGCAAAUACUUCAGAAAUUAGGGGGUUACUGGCUCCUUCUAGGACCUGACACCUAUUUUGCAAAGCACAUCCAGAAUUUCCUUUUGGUUCUUAAGACCAUUUCCGUACUUUUAGAUAUUUUUACUAUACCAAACUGUAGGUUUCUGAACGGAAAACUUCUAAUGAGUGCAACUGGGAAUGCACAAUGGUCAGUUUAAAUUUGAGAAACAGUGACUGAGAAAUUUGGAAGAUGAGAGAAGCCAAAAUGGAUAGAUUUGGCCAUUUCUAAUUGCCAGAUUCCAUUUCUGAAUUAAAUAUAGGAAGUGAAAAAAUAAUUAUAUAUGGUUAAGGAGGAGGAGUAUAGUUACAUCCACAGCAUGCAUCCAAAGCACACAACUUCCCCCAAACACACCCCGAGAACUGUCGUUUCCCCCUCACACAGAGCUAUGAUUCCCAGCACCCUUAAUAAACUACAGGUGCAGAUUUGAUCUGUGUAUUUAUGUGUGUAUGAAGGAUUUUGGAAAAAAAUUCCCCACGAGGUGGAGAAAGAGGGGAAAUAUUUAGCUUCUGGUUUUUGUAAAGCUUGUUCAGGAUUUAAUGUCUGGCUUUAAGAUCAUUCACCUUUCUGUCUUCAAAGCAACCUGAAGAAAGAAGGGAACGAGAGACGUCAAAGAUGUUCAUAAAUCACCGAAAAGGAGAAGAAGCCGCAGACCAUCAAAUGUGCAACAGAGCAAGGCAUUUUACGGGUAUAUCUGAAGGAAAGGGGUAGGGGUGGGAAUCUGUUCUGGGUUUUCGGUUUCCAAGUGCGUAAUGCUGUCCUGCUAGCCAAGUAUCUCAGGAGUGGAAGACUCUUCGGCACACAGUUGGUAUGUGACUCUUGCAGCACCUGAGAAAAUAUACAGGCAGUGUGCUGGCCACAGGAAUUUCAUCCAGAAUACGUGCUGCUGUUACAACCAGCAAACUCCACACAUCAUGUGCAGAUGUUCAUAGGAAGCUGCCCUAUAUAAAAGCAGGCUAUUGGCCCAUCUAGCUCAGUAUUGUGACUUAGGCCUCCUCCAGAUGACCGAUUUAUUGAGCUUUGCUUGCACAAAGCUUAUGUGAGGUUAGACCGGUGGUUUCCAAACUUCAAGUCACCGCCCCCUUAUAAUAAACUUAUUCUCAGUGCCCCCACCCUAUAAAAAGCUCUACUCAGAAUAGCAGUUUGCAUGGCCAACUGAGGAAUAUAACAACACAAUAAAAUUCAAAACAGUAGCAAUUAAUUGUCCAUUUAUCUAAAAUACAAUUGAAACUAUUUAGUUUAAGUAAUUCAACAAAAUCAUAGAUUUGGAAGGGACCCAAGGGUCAUCUAGUCCAACCCCCCAUAAUGCAGGCAUCUCAGCUAAAGCAUCCAUGACAGAUGGCCACCCAACCUCUGCUUAAAAACCAAGGAAGGAGAGUUCACAACCUCCUGAGGGAGACUUCCACGGUCAAGCAGCUCUUCCUAAUAUUUAGUUGGAAUCUGCUUUCUUGUAACUUGAAGCCAUUGGUUCAAAUCCUACUCUCCAGAGCAAGAGAAAACAAGCUUGUUCCCUCUUCCAUGUGACAGCCCUUGAGAUAUUUGAAGAUGGCUAAAAUGGAUGACCUUGAUCCAGUGAUGCCAGCUUUUCAAAUUAUGAUAGACAUUUACACCUCCAGCAACCCCUUGCUGCCCCCACUUGCCUCUUAACACCCCUCUAUGGCAAUCCCACUGCCCCCAGUGGGUGGUACCACCCACCUUGGAAACCACUGGGUUAAACUAUAGCCUGAGCACACACCAUACAUUUAAAGCACAAUGAGUUCCCCCGAAGAAUUCUGGGCACUGUAGUUCGUUAAGGGCGCUGGGAAUUACAGGUCCAGGAGGGUUAGACUGCAGUUCCCAGGAUUCUUUGGGUGAAAAUGUAUGCAUUAAAUAUAUGGCGUGUCUAUAGUUUCUGUUCAGUAUCUAUUAAGCAGCCACCUUUUUUAUUUGCAGGGAGGUUGUACUACAAUAAGCAUUCAUCUUCAUUUGCUUGUGGUGAGUUUAUAUGUCUGCUCGUUCAUCAUUUGCAAGUUAGUAUUAAAGGUGUUCCACAGGUAAAAAUUCUCCAGGUCAAUCCUUCAAAAGCUGGCAUUCAUGGUUUAAUUUCUUUUCUUGCUGUGAUGACUCUGCUGCAGCAGAAGGCAUCUGUAGGGAAGGGCAGUAUCUCAGUGGUGGAUCAUCUGCUUUGCAUGCAGAAGGUCCCCAGUUCAAUUCCUGGUAUCUCCAGGUGGCACUAGGAGAGAACCCUUCCUGAAACCCUGGGGAACUGCUGCCAGUCUGUGUAGGCAAUACUGUGCUAGAUAGACCAAUGGUUUGACUCUGUCAGAGGCAGCUUCCUAUGUUCCUAUUGGUCACUGUGAGAAAAGGAUGCUGGACUAGAUGUGCUUUGGCUUGAUCCAAUAGGGCUCUUCUUAUCUUCUUCUGCAACACAACUUAGAGCAGAGGUAGCCAAUGUGGUGUCCACCAAACAUUGUGGACUACAGGUCCCAUCAUCCACGACCCUGCUAGCUGGGGCUGAUGGGAGUUGAACAACAUCUGAAGGGCACAACAUUGCAUACCCCAGUCAGAACCAGUGCCAAAUAAUGUGCAGAUGAGGCAUCAAUACACAAACCACAAAGUGCAUCUCAUUCAGGAUAAUUAAAUGAAGUCAGAGCGGCCUCAAAAUAGGCCAGGGGACCUACAAGCAAACAUAGGGUAGUAUUCAACACUAGUGCUACUCAGAGUAGACUCACUAAACUAUCAUAGGUUCUUUAAUUUCAGCGGGUCUACUCUGAGUAGGACUUGGGUCAAUGCCACCCAUAAUUAAGGCUUUAUAUGAAAUCUACAUGGGGAAUGUGUAAUCUGCUGAGGAACGUUAACACGAUGUGUUAAAAUCUCUUUUUAAACGAACAUCUUCGCUAAUCCUUAAAUGCGCUUUGUUUUCAGCUAUGUUCAUCCUGAACAUUUUAGUUCAGUUGCUGUUAUUAUUUUAAUCCUGUACAUUUUAUGAAAUUGGCUGGUCCUCUUAGCAGUUGAAGAUUUCAAUCCUAAACACAUCUACUAAGAAACACAUCCCAUGGAACUGUGUAAACCGCCAUAAGAUUGCCCUGUGAGCAAACUUUCAACUUUUGUACAUUUAGAAUAUUGUUGUUGUCAUCUUCAUUAUUCUUUAUCAUUAUUUUAAGCAUGUAUGUGUUACGAAAUUGGCUGGUCUCCUUGGCAGCUGACAAUUAUAAUCCUAAAUACGUUUACUAAGAAAUAAUCCCAUGGUGGAGCGGAGUAUUCCACUGUUGUACAUACAGAAUAAAAGUUGUGCCUAUAUAAGGUAUACAACAAGCAACUCCUUCCCUCCCUAUACAGCAUUAGCAGGAAUGCCUCAAAGGACAAAAUCAUGACCAGACCCUGGCAGAAGAAUGCACAUAUGGUUAAAGGUAGGAGACAACCACAUAUGCACACAGCAAGCUCUGCUCACAUCUGUUGUUUGUUUAACCAGCCUUUUCCUUCUUCAUAGUUUUUGAAGGAAAGAGGGGAGGGUAUGUUUGGAAGGGGGGAAUGAUCAGAGAGGCUUUGUUUUCUAAAAGAGAGAGAGAGGGAGAGAGAGAGGGGGGAAAAGUGGUACAACUCAAACACGGAUCAGUUUUGUACUGCUUUAACCAUAAUGGUUUUCUCUCUCCAGGCCAAGAAUCCUGGGAAUUAUAGUUUGGCGACAUGCAAAAAAUUAUCUGUGUAAGUUGCUUAAGCCCCCCUCCCCCUAAAUAAUCACACAGCUAGAGUUCCCAGGGGAGAGGAAAUUACAUUUAAACCAGUAAGGCCAUAGUGUAGGUUUGUCUCCUGCAAUAAAAAAGUUCAAUUUUAGCAGGGAACGAGGUUAGCAAAUGCCUUGUAAGACAGUAAAAGGCUUUUUGAUUUCGCCUCUCCAGUCAUUUUCGGUUUUAUUUAGAAGCAAUGUAUUAAAGGAGGUGAAAGUAUCUGCUUUGCUCCGGUCCCAGUGUUGUUCAUGGUUGCUGUUGUUUUUUAAAAAAGAUAUAAAGUCUGAGGAUUGGCUUGCCUGCAGGAGCAGACAAAGCUACUGUCUACUGAGUCAGGCUGUGUCCAUCAUGGGCACACCCUGGCAGGGACAAAAGCAAAGCCCUGAUGCCUGUCCUGGACCAUCCUUUAAAAAGUGAAUAAAUUCUGAACAACAGAACCUGGAAGCCAGUUUUAAACCCCUGCAAUGAUGCCAAUGUUGCAGUGUUCCAGGGCUUCGUAAGGAAUCCAAACGGCAUUUCCCAGCUGCCUGCCACAGUAGCCAACUACCGGUAAGUCUUACUCAGAGUAGAUCCAUUGAAAUUAAAGAACUGAAGUCUGUCGUGAUCAUUUACUUUAAUUGGUCUACUCUGAACAGGAAUAGUGUUGAAUACCACCCAUAGUAAAGGGCUCUCAAAAUGAGCCUACUCAGAGUUAGAUCACUGGUCCGUCUAGUUCAGUAUUAUCUAAUCCAGUGGCCUUCCAAAGUCUUGGGCAGGGGUCUUUCCCAUCAUUUGCUAUCAGAUCCUUUUAAUUCAAGAUUGCUCUAAACAGGCUCGAAAUAAAGAAAUAAAAAUGAGUAAAGCUCUUUCAUGUACAUUUUGUUGUUGUCAUCUGUGAGCGACCUUGCAAGGUAGGUCAAUAUUAUUAUCCCCAUGUUGCAAGCAGAGUUCUGGCGCCCUGAGCUGCAUUUUGAAUGGUCUCCCCAGAGACCUUUGCCUGGCACUGAAUAUGAUGUCCUUUCAGCACUAGAUGAAAACCCUUUCCUUUGCCCCAAGCAUAUUAGAUUUAAGUUUUUAUUCAUUUUAAUUAGGCUUCUACAAUGUGUGUCCCCCUGCACUGCUCCUGUUUAUAUUAUAUUUUUAUUUGAUUGCUAUUUCUGUUGUGUUAUCGGUGCAUUUUAUUGUUUUAGCUGCUCUGAGAGCUCUUGCUGGAAAAUUUCUAAACAAAUUUUCAAAACAAACAAACAACAGCAUCUGUCUUGCAGAGAUGAAAUUAACUACAACACCACAGCAGUUCCUGUUGCUUUCAGUUCCAUUUCUGGUCACACUAGAUCAUGACAAAGAAACAGCAGUUGGCAUGUAGGUUUUAGAUAGCAAAAUGCCCACCAAAUUUGGUGUGCAAGGGAGGAGAGAUUGAGAGCUCCAGCCCCUUCCUAAACACACCCCCCUCCCCAGUUUGGCAUUGCAAAAUGUUUACUUAAAAAAUAACCAAAUAAAUACAUAUAGGUAACAUUUCACCAGAAAGAGGUUACAACCUGAAAAUCUCUUAUACAAUAUUUCUUAUCUCUUGGUGGACUCCUUGAUAUAACUUAAUUCUGUUCCAACAUAAGACAAAAGGUCUCCAAACUUCCAUGAGUAUGAUUGCUCCAUUUCCCCAUCACUGACGUUUGCCAGCUGUUUUGGAAUCAAUCGUCAAGCAUUGCUAGAUUUUUGCCCCACCCCCAGGAAUACAGGAAACUGCCUUGUACUCAGUGAGACCAUUGGUCCACCUGGUUCAGCAUUGCCUACACUGACUGGCAGAGGCUCUCCAGCACUUCAGACCAGAUGUCUCUCUCAGCACAACCUGCGGAUGCCAGUGAUUGAAACCUGGGUUCUUUUGCAUGCAAAGCAGAUGCUCUACCACAGAACUAUGGCCAUCCCCAUAAAGUGUUUAGCAACUAAAUUAUGAGUUACAAUCUACGUAUUGUUUACUUAGGCAUUUGUAUUCUGUUUUCAUAGAUUGUCCAAACAGAGCAAGAACAAAAUUUCAGGUUUUAGAGACAUCAUUUCCUCUCCAGUCUCUUUGAUAGUUCUUAUGAUAAGUUUCCUGAAGUUUAUUACAUACUUACAGGACCACCACAUUUGCCUGAAGCCUGUGUUUUGUUCCAUACGCUGCCAACAAGAUGAAUUAGCUAAGCCAAGUACAGCUGCCACCAGCCCUGCACACUCGCCACGCUGGCUGAAAUUGUUGGGAUUUGUAAUUCAACAUCUGGUGUUUGCCACCCUGAGCUAAACCAUAUAGGUGACAAUACCCAUCAUUAGUCAUACUAGGGAGACCCACUGAGUUAUGUUCAGUGCAGUUCUACUUAGAAUAGACCCCCUGAAAUUAAAGUACUCAAGUGAGUCAUGCCCAUGAAUUUCAGCGGGUAAACGCUAAAUAAAACUAAUAUUAGCUACAAUCCAUUGAACUCGAUGGGUUUAACGCCAUGAAUUUCAGUGGGUCUACUCAGUUUUGUUGGCCUUGUGUUUCUUGCAAGUAUGGGGAAUCUCACACCACAUGCAGAUCAUUUUAAUGAAAAUUUCUUUAGAUCUAGUAGCUGCUUUGUUCUUUCUUCUCUGCUUUAUGCCCUCUUAAUGUAGUUUCAGAAUUAGGGUUUUCAUCCCAUUAUUCAACCCAAGAUGUGAAGAGAAUCUGCAACCCUUCCUUUUUUUUGUGGUGGUGGAACAGUGUCCCUGAUAGUAACAGCCAAUUGAAAUACCAGAGCGAGUAGAUGCAUAACACAAAACAGCUGUCAGGGUUUCCCCCCACCUCCUCUUGGCAAAUAUAAGCUUUCAGAUCUAUAGUUCAACCCACCGUUUGAGUGGAAGUCAGAGAAGCCAUCCCUGAAACAUCUGUGGUAAGGGUUGUAAGGCUUUUAAGAAAUGGAGAAGAGGAAGUAAAGCAACACUAAGGGCAUAUUCACACCACACAUUUAAAGCACUGUUAUACCACCUUAAACAGUCAUGGCUUUCCCCAGAGAAUUAUGGGAGCUGUAGUUUGUUAAGGGUGCCAGAGCUGUUCGGAGCUGUUCGGAGACCCCUGACCCCCUCACAGCGCUACAAUUCCAGGAGUGGUUUAUCAAUCAACUCUUCUUCACAAGGACCUAUCAAAAUCGUAGUUCUGUGAGAGGAAUAGGGGUUUCCUAACCGCUCUCCACACCCUUAAACUACUGCUCCCAGAAUUCUUCAGCACAAUCCUAUACUCGUUCACAUGGAAAGAAGUCCCAUUUCACUGCUCGCUGGGUUAGAGGGGGCAAGGGCAAAGGCCAGAAGCGGCUCACUAGGUGAGAUGGAUCCACUACGCUUGUGUCCUUCAGUGACCCAUCUGCUGGGAAGCUGGCAGAGCAACUCUGCCCCACCCAAAAAAGCUGUUUCUGGCAAGAAUUGUGAGGAUGAGGAGCACCAGGAGGCUCUGGGGAUGAGCCAGGGGUGCCAUUUGGGGGAGCUGAGCAGCUGAGGGCUCUUCUUAAAUCUUCAAGCAGGAGGCCAGCUAGGCUCCCUCAAUAUUCCACAGCCUGAAACGGGCCUUGCUGGUCCUUCCCACAGCUGCGAUGGGCCCCAUUGGGCCUUCCCAUGGCUGCAGCAGGCCUCGCAGCCUCCUCCUGCCACGUGACAUCACAUGUGCACAUCAUGUACGUGACAUCACACACACACACCGGGCACCCCCAAAGUUGGGCAGAACCCACUGGGAUGGGCAGUGGGUCCCUUCCUAAAACAUGACCUUUGGCAAGUGCCUGAUGGUGCUGACCUCAGGCGUUAACCCUGUAACUUCUUGCUGGCUGUUUGUAUCCAGGUUUUGACACCAGUUAUCCAUGAUGAAACCUUGUUGGGUUACAAAACCCCCUUAAUCACUACUGCGAGGAAGCAAAUUGUAUGCGGAUGGGUUUUUCUUGGGUCGUCUAGUUGAAGAAUAGGCCGUUUCCUUUUUGCCUUUGCAAAAGGAAACAAAAAAGCCAAAAGUGAAUUGGCUCUUAAUCUCCAAAGGAAGCUGAUAUGAGAUGGAUUUCUCCCUUCAUCUCUCCCUGGACUGUUUUUUUCUUCCUGCUGUGAGAAAACUAUGGUCACAGCACACCUGUGUUUCACAGGAAUAUAAAGGUUUUUGCAGCAGAAACCUCUGAAGCCCCCAGGAAUUCCUUUGACGCUGGGAUAUGAGCAGCAGCUGUGGGUCUUAAUAGCUGCAGUCUCCUUUUGGGGGGACUUUAAUAAACAUCCCCUUCCUUGAAAAGAAGCUCCAGUUAAAAAAAUACAUUCUCAAGUUGUGUAUUGCACUGUUAAAUAAAUAAAUUUGUUAGCCUUAAAGGUGCUUUCUGCAGGAUUCUUCACUGUUGUUAACGCGAAGAUGGUGACCCUAAAGAACAGUGUCACAAAUGAUCUGGACAGCCUUCUCUGUUAAAGGUUCUGUCUCUCCAUUUGGCUGCAUGCACACUAACCCAUUUCUAAAUGUAGAAAAUGUAGUUUUUCUCAAUCUGGAAUUGUUGAUACUUAUCCUCAAGAUUAAGGAGCCUAGGACUUGCCAAUCAGAAGGUCGGCAGUUUGAAUCUCCUAGACAGGGUGAGCUCCCGUUGCUCAGUCCCUGCUCCUGCCAACCUAGCAGUUCGAAAGCACGUCAAAGUGCAAGUAGAUAAAUAGGUACCGCUCCGGCGGGAAGGUAAACAGCAUUUCCGUGCGCUGUUCUGGUUCACCAGAAGCGGCUUUGUCAUGCUGGCCACAUGACCCGGAAGCUGUACGCUGGCUCCCUCGGCCAAUAAAGCGAGAUGAGCGCCGCAACCCCAGAGUCGGCCACGACUGCACCUAAUGGUAUGGGGUCCCUUUACCUUUACCUUAAUCCUCAACAUUAGGGUUGCCAUAUUUCAAAAAGUAAAAACCAGGACACCCCGAAAGUUUCAACAGGCCUUUCGGAAAUUUCCCGGACGUAUGGCAGCCCUACUCAACAUGCCACUUUCAAUUUAGAUUGAUCCUAGGUCCUGCCAUCCAUAAGCGGGGGUCUGUUUACUUGAUAAACAAUUGAAAAUCUUUUCCUUUACAUUAUUCACACCUUUUUCUUCCCUGCACAUACCCCAGGUGAAUGAAGGAGGAGGUAGUGAUCCCACCCACAGCUUCAUUGGGCAGCUAUGGAUCUCCCCGCACCAGCCAAUUGCUGGGCCCACUUCUAUCUGUUUUCAAACGGGCACACUGUGGGAUAAUACAGAAUCAAUAUGCAAUACCCCCCCCCCAAAUGAAACUAGUUUCUCAAGAGGCGCUUCUUAGGGGCAACAAAUUUGCACUAUAUUUCCAUUGUGUGCAGACUACAUAGAAAACACAAGUACUCAGCCUCCAUAGAUUCUAGAAAUGUGUGCAUACAGUCUUUAUUUCCAUCACUGAAUAAGGUUUAUUCUGUUCCCACCAUCUUUCGUUGGUACCAACACUCAGUCUGACAGCUUCCUGGUGCUUUUUGUCAUCCUAUGUAAUGAAGAAACCCAAUUUGUAUUGUGUAUUGUUUUUGUUUUCAGGUGGGGUUUUUUUUAAUUCAAAAAUUAUCCUUGUUAGAAUACUACUUUAAGGGACUUCGAAGGAAGGGAGGUUUUUUUGUUCCUUUUUUGUUCUGUUUUAUUUUAAGAUAUAAUGAGAACUUUGUGUGAGCCGCCUGCAGCAUCCCUGUUAAAACUGUGAUUAAUGUCACUGUAUAAUUCUGACAAGCUGAAGCUCUCUCAUGGCAUCCAUUCAUCUCAAGAGUUCCUCUCUAGCUCUUAUUUAUUUAUUGAACAACAUGUAAGCACCGUUCCCUUUUUUUUGUCUAAAUGUAUCAGUGUUUCAGCACAGAGACUUCAAGGUUUCAGUCUUGUUGACAAUAAUGAGAUCAUUCAGACAAUUACCGCUGUUCCCCUCCUCGUAUGUUUUUUAUUUCUUUAAAAAAAACCUCCACUGGUGAAGAAGAUUAAAGCAAAGUUAAGCAGCUUUGUCUGUUUCCUGUUAUCCAUUUGCUAAACUGGAGGGGGAAAGCAGUGUGUUUGUGUGUGGGACAUCCACACACCCACACACACCCACACCCACACAAAAACAACAACCCUUUAACAUUCCAGUUGUAUAAAAUCAGGGUAAAGACAGCUGUAAUGUUUGCAGAUCACUAGGGCUUCUUUGGAAGUCCUGCACCAUCAUCCUGCACCAACAUACCCUUUGCUAUCCAGGGUCAAACUCUGGGGGUGGGAAUAGUUCCAGAAAAACCCAGCUGUGGGUGGCACUGAUUGGCUAGCUCUAAUGCCGUCACCAAGACACCUCCCACUCCCCAUAUCGCCGAGGCAUUUUCCUGUUGUUUUACAACUUCUCUUACUCUGUGCCCUUGUACUUUUGUACUUUUCAUUUUUCAAUACAGGAUAUAAAAUUUAAAAAACCUUGAUUUGAAAACAAGACAAGGGAUAAAUGUAGAAAGUGCUAGGUAUGCAUGUGCUUGCACAUUUGUUUUGUUCUAAUGUGGGCAGACCACGUAAAGCAAGGGUCCAGACGGAUCAGAUUGUUUGGGAUAAUGCAGAGUUGCCACUGAUGUCUGUGCCUGAAACCUUAAGAUCUCCCUCAUCCAGCUUGCAAGUUAACUUCGUUUUCCUCAAGUCACUUCAUUAGCCUAGGAUUCUGUUUCAAACUUUAGCUGACCUGAAGCACCUCAGACUCAUUGCCCAGCCCUGACAUCAGAUCAUCACCCACCUAAACCCAUAACCCAACUCCUGAAGACUUUCCCUCAAAUUUUCUGGGGAUUUUUGCCCAUGGUAAGAUGGGCCUGAGGUUGUCUAACAGCUCGUAAGGACAGAAAUUUGCUGGGAAGCCAGCAACAUUAAGCCAAGGCACCCUGUCACAGCAUUUGCUUGCUCAGUUAUACUUGUAGCAGAAACAAAUCUCAUUAGAAGCCUGUGACUGUCCUGCUAAUAACAACUGCUUUAUUCAUGCAAAAGAAGAAGAAAAGAGAGGGGUGGAAGAAGAAACCCUCAAUGUACAAAUGGGAACAGGGCAGUGGGGUGACAGAGAAGAAAAGUCCCGUCAAAACUAGAUUAAAAUAACAUCAAAGAAUGAAAAUAAGUGAAUUCAGAGUUUAACUAUGAAACUCUCUUUCCUGCUGUGUAUCUAGAUACUGCAGGAGCCUCAAAGCCAUGAUUAGCUUAGACACCAAAGGCCGAACGGUACAGUAGAUCAGCUCACACAGUUAUAGAUGACAUCAAAGCAAAUUCCACAUGAAGGACAAGGGCAGGUGGUACACAGCGCUACAUGCGCCUCAAUCAACAUGGUCAAUGGGGUGUCCUAGGAGCUGUUGCUAAACACACACACACACAAUAUCCACAGUACUUGCUUAAGUUUUCAGGAUCUGCACCAUCCUGCCAAGCCAUGGGAUGCUGCUCAGAUAUGCCGCUGAUAAGAACAGCCCUGCUGGAUCAGGCCAAUCUAGUCCAGCAUCCUGUCCUCACAGUGGCCACCAGAUACCAAUGGGAACCCGUAGUAAGCAGAACCCGAAUACAAGAGCACUCUGCCUCCCCUCCUGUCAUAGCCACGCAAUACAUUUAAAGCAGGUGGCUCCUCCCAAUCCUGGAAAUUGUAGUCUGACCCUCACCGAGCUACAAUUCCCAUGAUUCUUUAGAGGAAGCCAUGCACUUUAGAUGGUUCUCUUCCCUAUUUCUACACCAAUAGCCCACUGUCCAUAUGUUAUCUUCCCCAGUUAAAACACAGAGGUUUUGUUGAGAACUUAACCCAAAGCCUUCACUCUGGUCAGGGACUCACUGCUCAUUGUGGGCAGCUACUAAACAGCUGUCACUCUGGCUUCAGCUCUUCUGGAGUACUGCUGCAGGAGUUUUGCUCUUUGCAGACCUUUUUUAGAUGUUCUUACUUUAUCUGUAAGCCGCCUUGAGUCCCUGUCAGGGGGGAAAAAGGCGAGGUAUAAAUAAAUAUAAUAAUAAUUCAGACUUCUGUGAUAUCAACUUUGGUGGCCUAACAUCUUCCUCUUUGGACAGCUGCUGCUUCCUGCUGCUAGGACCUCUCAGCCCUAGUCUGGGUUCUUCUGUGUCCUUGUCUUGGUGCAGAUUCUUAAUCAGUAACCAAUCAAAUGUUGCACUCUGUCAACCCAUCCAUUCAAGGGCCAAUGAGUACAAAUGGAAUGCCCACUAAAAACCUAUCUCAGUCCAAGCUUUUUUAUUCUACUAUCUUGUAUAAAAGCUGGUCUUUAAUGUCAACUGACAUAAUGGAAAACUUCACAAGGUACAAAGUCACUGAACUGGCCUAGCUGGUCCUUGACAGGAUGCCAACUGAAGACCUAGUCAUUUUAUCUCCCAGGCCUCCAUUAGAAACAAACUGUCAGUCUUUGCCCUUCAGUUAACUAUCCACAAAACUUUUUUAAAAAAAUUAUAGAACAGCAUUCAUACAUAUAGAUUUAUAUAUCACUUAUGUAACUUUAACUUAUAUUGCUGUAUGUCCGCAGGACCUAUAACCAGAAAUGUUGUGGCAAGAGGUCCUAAGGGGUUGUAGCUUCCCAGCUGUGGAAUGCUCUCCCAAGCAAGGUCUGCCAGGCACCUUCAUUGACAUAUUUUCUGCACUAGGUAAAGACUUAAGCUCCCCCUACCAGGCUUUUGACAGACUAAGAUGAUGUUUCUUUGUUACUAGUGUGUUGCCAAAGCUUCCUGUGGCUUUUAUGGGGUUUGUUGUGUUCUGCUUCAAUAUAUUCAUAUUUAUAUUUUAAAUGUGUUGCAAAUUGCUUGGAGACCUUCAGGUAACAAAAGGCUUAAAAGUCUAAACAACAACAACAGCACCAAUAAUAAUUGUGUUAAUGAGCAGUUAGGUAAAAUACUGACUGCCCACUUUUUAUUGCAUUGUCCACAAAAACAAGGAAGAAGAACUCUUUUCAUAUAUAUAAAAGCUGACCGUUCCAGUAAGAGCCUGUAAUAUCUCCAAUGGGAAGCUAACCAUUCCCAGUCCAGGCUGGAGCAGAGCUUGUGACAGACUGCCAUGGAGUCUAGCAUAAGACAAAGGCAUGUGAAUCAGAGGCAUAGCCAUGAACAAAGGUCAGCGACAAAUCAGCCAUACAGGAGGCCAGAGGCAGGAAAGGCUAUAGACCACAUACCCAACUGACAAAUCCAGAUUGCUAUUCAUUGUAAGAAGUUGCUCAGGCUAGUGUAGAAGGAAGGUUUUAUAUGGCCUUGCCUGUCUCCAUUGGGUGGAGAGGUCAGCUGAUCACCUUCAGAUUCCAGGGUCAGCUGACAGCACUCAAACCAGUGCUGCAUCCUAGAGGGAGCCCUAGCCCAGAGUACUGGUGACUCAAAGAAGGUAAGGCUCUGAAUACUGGCUUCUGGAGGCCCCAGCUUGAGACCUCCCUCCCACCCCUGGUAAAACAUGAGUAUUUUUUAGCAAACCAGCAUAUCCUGUAGCCUAUCAGACUCAAUGCAGCCUGGGCAUACCAGGUGUUCUGACAAGCCCCUGGCUUUGCAUUCCAUAAUAGCCAAAAAACAAACAAUUAAAUGAGCCCCUGGUGGGUCACCAUAUGUGGUUGGUGGGCUGCGUUACCUUGGUCACCAGAUCUGUUGCCUGAUCUCAGCAGGGUAACUGGAUGGUAUUGAUCAAGGAUAUUGCAAGUGCAAAGGAAAGGAAAACCACACAGUUAUCUGACUGAAUGACCAGGUUUAGCAGGAGCAACAAUGGGAAAAAUUAGCAGCUGGGAUGAAAUUUUUUUUCCCCCAGCCGGCAGGGAGGUUGGAGAGUGAUGUACUGAAAACAAAUUUCUGAAGCAUCAGAAACUAAAGAGGAAAUCAUUUUCCAGGUGGGUCAACGUAGACUUUGGAAUGUUCAUAAAAUGAGAUCUAGCUGAAAAUAACACCUGUUUUUCAUUUGGCAAAGCAUCCCAAAUGAAGUAAGCGUUCACCCCACACCCAUUAUCCCUCCAGUGCUUAUUGUCCAUGAUCAUUCACUUUAUCUUUCUCAAGAGGCACAUGUAAUAACGAGAGAACCUGUACAUAUUUUUUAAAUGUCCCACAACCCCUGACCUAUAGUGGUAUGAUAAGUCAGCUGUGCCUUUCUUUGGAACCCACCUGGCUGCAGAAGCAGGACUUGUUUUGCCUGCAUUUUAGAACAAACUGAACCACUUCACAGCUCCUGAACUGAGUUGUAGGUAAUAAUCAAAAUUUGGCAAUUUUGGUUCAAAGUGUCCAAAAAUGUGCAUUGACGUACCUAUUUUAAGGAAAUUUAAUUAGAUUUGUGUGUUGGUUUCACUGGCAUGUGCUAUUUUACUAUUUACACUGCUUACCUAACCUUUAAAGGAAAAUAUUUUAGAACAUAGACCCAAAGGCAGGCUACAAAUUAAUAAAGCAGUUUCUGACACUCUUAAUAUGCUUUGAUCUGUUUCCAGGCACUCUUUGAGAUGCUGACUUUCAUCUGUAAAACGGAACAUCACUUGCAACCCAGUUCUUCAAGGCCGAAGUGGAGAAGGGUUCCAUGUGAACAGCAGUUGAACAUGGGUCAGUUGUUCCUAAGAGGUAGGGGAGCACCAUUCCAAAAGGGCAAGCAGUGGUCUCUGUUGCCCUCGGCCAAUCAAACAGGAGUUGGCUUCAGAUCCCUGAAUCUGGAGUGGCGGAAACGGGUGCCAAGAUGUGUCCAGGGCUGUAACGCAACUGAUCCUGGAGAAGCUGGUGGGAGCCCUGGGGGGGAGUUCUCUUUUAUUUGUGAAGGCCAGGGCGCCCUGGCAUGGGCUUGCCUUGAGAGAAGGGCCUGAGCCUUGGAAAGCACUGGAGUUCCAGCAGUGAUUCUGAAUAAACACCGGGAAGAACUUUCUGACGGUAAGAGCUAUUUGACCGUCGAACAGACUCCCACAAGAGGUGGUGGGAGAUGGCUGGCCAGCUGUCAUAGAUGCUCUGGUUGAAAUUCCUGCAUUGCAGGGGGUUGGACUAGAUGACCCUUGUGAUCCCUUCCAACUCUACAAUUCUAUGGUUUAGUGAUUCUAUGAGCUUCCAAAGACCUCAAGGACUCCCAGCAGGUGAGAUCCUGGGAUCCAUGAGCCUUGUGUUUAGAAGUUGGUAAUCAAGAUUGUUAGUUAUUUAUGCCUCAGCAGAGUGUUUAGAGCAGCCUUUCUCAACCAUGGAUCCCCAGAUAUUCUUGGACUACAGCUCCCACCAUAACUAACCACUGAUCAUGCUGGCUAGGAAUGAUGGGAUUUGUAGUCCAACAGUCUAGGGACCCACAGUUGAGAAAGGCUGGGUUAGAGUGUUGGAACAGGGUUCAAAUCCCCACUUGACCAUGAAACUCAUUGAGUGAACUUGGGCCAGUCAUUGCCUCUCAGCCUAACCUACCUUACAGGUUUGUUGUGGGGAUUAAACAAGGAGGAGGACAACUUUGAAUUCCUUAGAGAAAAGGGUGGGAUAUAAAUGAAUUAACAACAACAAAACCUGUGGCCCUCCAAAUGUUGCUGGGCUCCAAUUCCCAGCAUCCCUGACCAUUAACCACUCUUCCUGGGGUAGUUGGGUGUCGGAAUCCAACAACAUCUGGAAGGUUGAAGGCUCUACAGCAGUCAUAUUUGGUCCAAAAUAUGGGAGGAGGGAACUGUACUCCUGAAACAGUACUGCUGCAUAGGUUUUAAAAGAAUCCCUGUAUCUGAUCUUCACCCUUUAUUUUUGAGCAUAUAAUUCUGGACUUCCUACACAAACACAGAGUUGCAAUAGACAACCAGACAGGAUGAGAGAUGUGUGCAGAACGUUCUUGCGCUCGCCUCCAGACCCAGUGCUCAAAGGCCAGUGUGGACUUUGUAUUAUUCCUUUUGUACGGAGAUUAAUUUGCAGUGUAGAAUUUUUCUCUAUGAACGCCAAGCCAAGCCAUUUCCUUCCCAGAACAUGCUUUUGGCAUUGCCGGCUGCUUGCUAUUCACUGGAGUUGACUGCAGGCCAAACCUUAACAUCUUUACAUAUUUCUGACUCAGGCAAACCUCCAAUAGCGAUUGAUGGAAGUUUUGCCUGAGCAAACACACCAGAAUUAGUCCAAAAUGUGUAGAUCAGACUCUGCAAGGGUACACACACGCACACACCUAUGGCUGUGUAAACACCAUGCAUUUAAAGUGCACAGCUUCCCCCGAAGAACCAUGGGAACUGUAGUUUACCUCCAUAGAACUAUGGUUCCCAGCACCCUUAACAAAUCACAGUCUACAGGAUUAUUUGGGGGGAAGCAAUGUGCUUUAAAUGCAGGCCUGUCUUAAGCAUAUGUGGCGCCGGGGUGCAAAGAUCCGCCCAGGGCCCCACCCCCAGGUUGCCCAGUCCCAGGCUCGCAGGAGAGCAGAGCCAGCCAGCCACCUCAGCUUCUCACUGGCUCGAUCGCCCCAGAACUCGCAGCACAGAGCCACCUGCAGCAGAAGAGCCUGCUGCGGCGCUCCAACCGAAGGGUGGGCUCUUCCCCGGAGACAACUGGGCCUGGCGCCCCUGAUAGCCCAGCGCCCGGGUGCCCCGCACCCCUAGCACCUAUGUGUAAGAUGGCCCUGUUUAAAUGUUUGGUUUGUACACAGCCCUAGUUCUGGACCUGAAAAUUAGAGCCCCAUCACAUGUCACUACUGACACCCACUAUGAGACCAACCCUCACGCCAUUGAGGCUGUAGUGGCUUUUCUCCUUAUACUAGGUUGGGUCACUGAGAGUACAUUACAGUAGAUUUCUAAUAUCUACACUGGCUUUCCUUCAUUGGGCUCAUCCACACUGUCAUUUUUAUGUGGACGGUAAGCUUCCUGUUACCUGUACCUCCAUUUAUUCUCUGUUGCCCAUAUGACAUUUUCCUCCUAAUCACUGCCUUCUCACACUUUCCCCUCCUGCAAUCCAGAUUUUCUCAAACUGUCCCAUUUCCGGAGUAUCUCUGGCAUAAGAAAAUCCUGACUGAGGGAGGGGGGAAAGUGUGGGAAGGCUGUGAUUUGGAGGAAAACGUCAUACAGACAAUGGAGAAUUAAUGAAGUUACAGGAAGUUUGCUAUCCACAUUAAACAACAUUAUGGAUGUGUGGCCCAUUGUUCUCUUGGCACAGUUUAAGGCACCAAUUUUGACCCAUAUUCUCUUAAUCCACUCAAGGGCCGCAUUCCCUUCUGAGCAAGCUUCCUAGGAACAUAUAUCCCAGUGGUGCCAGAGGCAAAAGUGGGUGAGACAAUGGGUGUCAAUUAUCCCUUUGCACAGUAGGCUAGUUUCUAUGUACACUCACACACCCCUCUUCAUCAUUCAUCCAUGAAAGCAAGAGGCACAGCUGUACUGGGCUGGGGCUGAUGGAAGUUGUAGUCCCAAAACAUCUGGAGGGCACCAGGUUGGCAAUGGCAGCUCCAUGCAAUGUAAGAUAAUGGUGGUGUUGCUGGGUCCUUUGAUGCUCUUGGGAGGGGGGCUCCUCCUGCUAGCCCUGUACAAAGAAGUGGCUUGUAGAAUGGGGGAACGUGACCCGAACCAACACUGGUGAUAAAAUGACGUUCACCGUAGCCACUCAGAAUAGAAAUCAAGGCAAAGCGAAUUCCGAAUAGGUCCUUCUGUCUCUGUUUGUGUUUUGUCUGGCACUCAUAUCGCCGCCCAAGCUCAAAUAAUAAUGCAAAACAUUCAUGUUCUCUUCUGAAUCUCAGCCAAAGGGGAAAUCGUAUCCAAGCAAACUUUACACAAAAUCCAAUCAUCAGGCG